AUGACAGUGCGUUUGACUUUCUUCUCUGUCACGGUGAGUUGACAGUAUUUUGUAAUUACGCUCUCUUGUGAACACUUCCUUUGCUCUCUGCCUUAUUGAAAAGCAUGACGGACUCCUCUGAACAGGGACAGUCGCUGCAUAAAUGUUCCAUUAAAAUAUUCAUGUUUUAUUUUCACACCAUUACAUCUGCUGAUAUCAUGUCAACAUCUCUUUGGACAGUUUGUUCCCGUGUUACCUCCGUUAUUACAUUAAUAUCACACAGUGUGCCUGGCUGGGAGCCCAUAACAUGUCUUUAGGGAUUAAGUGAGAUGAUACAGCGCUCAUGCUGAUGCUGUGAGCGAGGUGUCGAGGGAGCCAUGAAAGAGCGAAUAAUUAACUCAGGGGCCAACCAAAUAAGUCAUAUUCUGAUCAAUUAUUCAGUGUUUGUGGGCCUUUGAAUGUGCCCCCAUGCUCAUGUUACAGGAAGCACAAUAGCGUCUCAUUGAAACAUUAGCAUUUUAUAGCCGUCCCUUUUAUUAUGCCCAGCCAUUUUCCAUGUGGAGACUCAGCGUGGGUCCAGAGCUUCUGCAGCAUCGUAUGUGAUAUUAUGGAAACAGCUUAGGGGUGAUGAAUUAUAGUGAGACAUGAAGGCAAUAACAAAUGAAACAGGAGAGUCAUUCAAUGAAAAUUAUAAAAACAGAAACUAAUAACAUCCAUGUUAUAGUUGAGUAAAUGAGCAUUCACGCUGUGAGCCUAAUGAAUAUUAAACAUUAAAAGGUACAUGCAAGGUCAGUAUGUGUAGGGUAAAUGCACAUUAGUCUUUAUUAAGUCUUAAUAAGUUAUUGUUUGUUUUUGUGGUGUGUACUUUAAGUUUUACCUGUUUCAGGGUUUAUUAGAAGAAUAGAUAUUGCAUGCACCAAAAUAUCUCUAAUGCAGGGGUGUGACUUAUGCAGAGGAGGAAAGGAGGCCAUAAUGUUUCUGUGCACACAGACUCACCAGUGAAUAUCAAUUUUUACCCUUUUAUUUACUCAUCUUUUAAAUUUCACAUUCCUAUUGUCUGGUAAGGUAUCACAGGGAUGUUUUAUUUCUGUGUAAAAUAUUUCUAUUUCUAUACAAAACUCUACUGUAACAGUAGAGAAGCAAUUAUCUUCCACUCUUAAAGGUACGGUGUAUUAUAUUUAGCAGCAUUUAGCAGAACAGACUUGGUAGUAGGCGAAUAAAAUAAUUUAGAAGUAUGGUUAAAUUAGCGCACAAUCCCCUGAAUAUAAAAAUCAUUUUAAUUUGAAAUGAACUCUUAGUAUCCCACAAGUGCAGGUAGAGGACACCAUCUUGUAUCGCCAUGUUUCUACCAUAUGACAAAUGAAGUCUCACACAUGUAUCACAGGAGUUUCUCAUCAACGAAGGACAGUUGAGUUUUAAUCAAGUAGCUGUACAUUAGAUAAAUGUCCAAAAUUACAGUCUGAAUAAAUUAAAAAAGUUGCAGAAAAAUAUUUCAAGUCAGUGAUUUUUUUUUUACAGUGUGAAGCUCUGCAUAGGUUAACUUGCAUUUUUUGCCUUUGUUAGUGAAAUAUUAGUGAACUCAUGAAAUUUGUGACAACCUCCAUAGGUGGACAUUUCUUAAAUGGACGUCAUGUGUUCUGAAAAGGCAGAAACUACAGCACUGAUUGGAGACAAAACAAGUGAGAGAAGUUAGAUUCUAUAAACUGAAAGUAAAUCCAAGGCUGUACCAAAACAGGUGGGACCUGACUGAUAAAAUCUCAUUUUAAUUAUGGAGAGACUUAAAAACUCAUGAGAGGGGGAGCAGAAUUAGAUCCAACAAGACUUAAAAAAUGACAUGAUGAUAGCUUUGAACAUUUUUGAUUCAUCCAGAAACCAUGUUUUUCUUUUACAUGAGACUUGUUUUUGUAUAAUCUGGCAGAAUUCUCAGUAUAAUCAGACAAAGGUGACAGUCUUGUAAAUCACAGGUGUCAGUGCUGUUAUAAUCUUUUAAUGUCUUGUUCACACACUGUGGAGAGAUAGCGUCAUGUCAUUUGUCCCAACUGUGUAUCUCCUGCCAGGACCAGUGCGACAGUGCGUUGGCUGUUCAUUCACUCUCAGCUGGUAAUGUUUCAGACUUUUGCAUGUGUGUUUUGUGUACUCAUGUUGUUUCUGUAUUCCCAGCAGCAUCUUCCUCACGGUGGGGACUGUUUGCCCACGUUGGCCGCUGUAAAAACUGUCUUAAUGUAAAUCCCCCCAAAGUAGGUCAAGGAAACAGAUCAAAGAUAAAGAGAGUUUAAAAAGAAAAAAGAAAAAGUUGGAGAAGGACGGCUAAGACGCCUGGGACACUAAUGCUUUUUACGGGUGCUGAACCUGACCUUUGACCUUCCUUUGGGACACAAGAAAGGGGGAUUUGAUAGGAGGCACUAAAUUAUAACAGACCUCUUCGGUCUUCUAAUGCUAACUGCAGGACUGCCAAGUUUCAGAAAAUGACAAGAGUGAGACUUAAGCGUUAUGAUGACCUGAUCAACUUACCCCGUGUAUGGGGUAAAUUGACCAUAGGAGCGGGGUAAGUUGAGCCAUAUCCCUACUCACCUUCUCUCUCCCUAAAUAACAGUCGCUUCUUCACAUUCAGGUGUAUUUUUUGGUGUAAAAAUCACAUUUUGCUGAUUUUUUGUACCUUUAGUUUUGAGUCUACAAAGUCGAGACUCAAAACUAAAAUCUCCUCGACUUUGGAACGACCUGCCAGAGGAGAUAAGGCGAACAGAGACAGAUGCUUCUUUUAAGUCAAGUUUAAAAACUCACUUUUACAAACUCGCUUUUAUGUGAUGCCGUCUUUUCUCUUUUUUCCCUUUUUUCUUUCAUCUUUAAUCUCUUUUACCUGUUUUAUCUUAUUUCGACUUACUAUCCUUUUAGCUUUUGUUUUACUUAAAAUCUUUUCUUAUUUUACCUUUUAGGCCCUUUAUUGAUUUUAUUGUUUUUUUCCUGUUCAUUUUAUUUUUCCAUUGUAUCAUUAAUAUUACCAUCAUUAUUAUUUUAUGAUCAUUAUUAAUAUCGUCUUUUAUGUUGUAGGGUUCUUGUAAUGUCUGGGUUUCUUAUGAAAAAUGAAAUUGGCCUUUAAUUUGGAGGUUUUUAACUGAGCUUUUGUUUUUAUUUGUUUUUAUUUUCAUGUGCUGAUGUUCUGUGCUUUGCAAACUUCUGUUUUUAAAAGUGCUAUAAAAAUAAAGUUAUUAUUAUUAUUAUUACUUUCUCAGUUACCCCUGAACUACUAUGACGACUUUAUUAGUCCUCCAAGCUAAAAUGGUGGACUUUUAGGUUUUUGACCUCAUGUUGUAGCUCAUAGAUACCACAACUGAUGCAUAAAACGAUUUAAAAUGAUCUUUUUUGUUCUGAACACAAUUCUAAUCAAACUGAUGACAGACUAAAUUCACUUUACAGAGUGAAAAAUGUUUUUUUUUGUAAAUAAAUGUCUAACCCCUUCACCCAUGUGCUUCGAACCUUCACUGACUCCAUGAAUUUAUGACCAUCUCCUAAAUAUUUGGUCACAUGAUCAAUUUCUUUGACCGUUUACAAGCAACAACUUACUCAACUUACCCUUUGGCUCAUCUGACCCCAGUCUCCCCUAUAAAAUAAACAUUUUAAAUCUGUAAACUUCCGUUAACUUCAACACAGCACGAGCGUUAAUCCUCUGUCACCAUGGAGAUAAGGACAGCGGUCGCCACUUGACAGGCGCGUGGAGCAGAGGACAAGAAGGGGCGGGGUGGGGGGGAGUGGGGAGGGUUCUGUUGAUUGGCAGCAGAAGAGGCGGGGUCCCAGCUCAUACUCUGCUCUCAUUGGCCGAUAUGGAGUCACGUUACCAGUUUGGAAUGCAAAUGAAAAGAGUUGGUUGGUCCCGCCCCUGCUGCUCUGCUCUUUAGCUGCUGCUGCUCUGUCGGAUCCAUGCAGAACCACGGUCCAGAAAUGGUGUAGAAGAACCGGGAAAACAGCGAGAAAGAGGAGCGAGGCUGCGGGAUAAUCACGAAGAAGGUGAGGCGGUGUUGUCCCGGUUCUCUCUUUUGGCGGGCGGUGUUAACGGCUGGCACGAGCGCCUCUGUUUGUGUGUAUCGGAACGCGCGAGGUUAAACGGUCGCAGUAGCUAACGCUUUUUUCUUCCCGGGGCCCCGACACAGCAGCAGUAUCUGUGUUUUCAGAGGGAUUUCUAACGUUGUCGUUAGUUUCACGGUGAAGUUUGAGUCCGCAGGGCCUCGUUUGAUUCGGGGAAAACAGAUGUGCCAUCACGGAUAACAACAACAAGAGUAGAGCUAACGUUAGCUGGUGUUGUAACGGAAUUCAGUGUCAGUUAUCAUGAAGAAAUCAGCUCUAAAUGUUAUAGAGACUGUUAUUAUUCUCUUCAGAGCAGAAACUGCAUCCAUUUUAACUCGUGUGUUCUUCUCUAACCUAACCAGCUCUGGUUAAAGUUAUCCAGGUGCUCCUCUCAGAGAACUUGGCUCCCUCAGGUCCUGACCUCCUCCUGCUCCUCCUCCUCAGAGAAAGAGGAGUUCCUUAUUUUGACAGUGAGGAGGAGGAUGGCCCCUCUGCUCCUUCAGGAGGGUUGACUUGGCCCUACAGUGACCCAGAUCCCUGUAAAGUCAAACCUCAGUGUUGGUGGAGCUCCACUUUGUUUCAUCUGCUUGGAUAGAGACAGUGUCAUGGAUUACACAGAUAGCAGCUUAUUUUUAACUCUAUGUUUGAGGUUUUAUUCAGUGAAAAUCACACAGAGUACAGUUAUUUAUAUGCUAUGAAAUACACAUAUCAAUCAACACAGUUCAACUCUGAUUUACUCUUCAGCCAUCUCUUAAAUCGCGUAAAAUUAAUUUAGGGUCAAACACACCGUAACACCGAGUUAGACCCCCCCUCCAGAGAUGAAUGUUGCCGACCGCUUGCUUCUCUAGUUAUACCAACUUUAGUAACGACCGCAGGAUAGCAAUACAGAGAGCCAUGCGCUCAACCAAAACGCCACUCUAUAGCCACAAAUAAUGCUCAGAACAGCACCUAACUUCAUCAACAGGACAUAUAGGGUCACAGACAUAGUACUAGACACCAAACAUCUUUUUAACUUUGACUCAUUUCUUUAGCAAAGAGACUAAACACAACUCACCUACUCUCUUCCAGCAGAUGCUUGUUCGUAGCGAGACCUCAGGCCAGUCCAUUACGGACUACAGCGGGGUGCCGCAGCUCAAGGAAGAACAUUUAUGAUCAUUUCUUUAUCAUUUCCUUGAAGUAAUAAUCACCAUAUUAAUCAUUUUACAGACGCGGUAGUUCUUCUGUCUUAGCGUCUCGGUCUGAUUGUAUUUCCAUGAAGAAAUGAUCAUAAAUGAAACUCAGUUAGGAUCUAUGAUGUCGACUGAUCUUGUAGAUACUCUGACUGCCUCGUCUGAGAGCCUGUAAAGAGGAUCCGGGGCUGUGGUCUGCUGCUAAAGCAUCUGAAAACUGAUCUGAUAAAAAUCUCAAACAAGCUUUCAGAUCUGAGUAGGCUGUUUCUUUGUACAGGAUUUUUUGUCUGUUAUUUUCAGGGCCUGGUUGUGUAGCGAUGAAAGGUUUUUGGUUCUUGAAUCCUCAUUAGGGACCGGCAUCUGGAGCAAAAACCAGUUCAUGGAGUAGUCAGCCUCCCUCCCCUUCAGCAGGGGGCCUCACUCUUUGGGUAUAGUUGCUGGUUUUACUCGGUCAAAUUAACAUUCAGCUUCAGUUAUUUACAAAUGUUUUACUCUCUGAAUUUUUGGAUGGGUGGAAAAGUCUCUGCCAUCGUCUGCUCUUCCUUAUCUUACAGAACCACAGCGGUUUGACCAGCAUUCAGGCUUUCUGCUGAUAUUAUGUCAUUGACUCUGUGGUAGUUGUACUGCAUUACAACUGGACCCCAGAUGGGAUCAGAGCUGCAUGAACUAUAUUGUUUUUGUAAUUUAUAAAUCAUCAACUUUGGAAAAGCCAGAGUGAUUCCUCAUUUUUAGUCCUUACAGUCAUACAACAUGUAAAAGGGAAGGAAGUCAAAGGAUACAUGAAUAUUUUGGUUGAUAUACUGUAAUACCUAAUGAAGGUAAAACAAUCAGGUUAUCAAGUUUAAAUAUUUUUUUUUAAAGUUGUGCUGUGUUUAAGUUUGUCUACAGUACAGGUCCAAAAAGGAGUAGAUGAUCAAAAGGAGACAACAGAGGGGCCCCGAAGAGAUAAAAUAAACAUCAGGAACAAACGAUAGAGAAACUUGUGCACACUGAAAGAUGAACAGGUCAGACUAAAGUGAAAUUAAACCAGUCGGUCGGUACUUGGCGAACGUUUCUCCAGACUGAAAUCUCAGGUUUCCUUCAGGUGACUUUCUUCUUGUUCAGACUCUCCUGUAGUUAAAUCUGGUGUGUUCAGUUCUGUAGUCUUAGAGAGAAACAGGCUGGUGUGGUUACUUCUCCAUCACAAUCAUUCUUUCCUGUUAUUGAUUUUAUUUAUUGAUAGACACUUUUUUCAGGGUCUCUCAGCUGUUUUUUUAGUUUGUUUGCUGUGAAGGAUAUCAGAUAAAGUCUGUUUGGAGGGAAGAAGUCGGUUCUUUUCCUGAUGAUAUGUUGAAGAGUCAGUUUUGAGUUUUUGGCCUCUGUCACUCAGAGGUGGUCCUCCCCCCAGCUCUCUCUCACUGAAUGAGACUCUAAUUGAAGUCAUUUUGUGCUUAUCGAACAUGUAUGUCCUGCAGCCAUAUUGAGAGUUUCCUAUUCUUCUUUAAUGUGCAGUAUUAUUAACCCUUCUUUAAACGAGAUCCCUGCCCUUUUCUUCAGGCCUGCAGUUGUUGCCUGUGGUUCGGCUCUCCUCCUCAUUAUCUGUUUGCUUCCUUCUUAAAAGGGUCAGAUCAUGGCCGGUUAUUUGCUGGUUCCUGGAAUAAAAACCAGCCUCAGGCUUACUAGAGAGCCUCAGAUAUUUGACUCCAGGCGGCAGGGUUAAUUAGGGGAUGCUUGCUUUAACCAAUUAAUAGCAUGGCAGGCAAUUAUAAUAAAAUAUAGCGCCCCCUUUAAACCUGAGAUCACACAGCCUGGGAAAUUUUCUCCUGCAUCUAUUAUCUCAGCUGACACCUGCUCUGAUGCCUGGCAUUCAAUCAAAUUAAUUGUUUAGUGUUAUGAAAUAUCUAUUUGUUUAUUUCACAGGCGGAGUUAGCGCCACAUAUCACAGUGAUGUUUUGAAUACAUUAACAUAGAAGGUGACUGAGGAGCUGCAUUUGUCAGAAAACGUCUGAGGCAUUAUCUGCAGAAUAGCUCAGCUGGAUCUUCAGAUCUUUUUGUCUUUUUGUGCAGAAACAACAUACCUGCGAGUAUUUUUCUUUGGCAGGAUAAAAACCAGAUGUGUUCUCAUGUAAGAGCCAGCUCUAGACCCAUCUACAGCAGACAUUUCUGCUCAUAGUCUCAGUAAAUAAUGUUUAAAUUCUGAUUUUAGGAUUAGAAUGAGAAAAUAUUUGUAAUUCCAAAUGCAAAUGAGUCAACAAAAGCCAGACUGACAUGGAAAACAUCAGUUUCUACCUGCACAGUGAUCAAAACAGCUCUGAGGUUGAAUAGAGCAGAAUUGUCUGUGUUGGAAAAUCACCUGCUGACAGUCAGCGUGACACAGAGGAGCUUUUCAGAGAUCCACCUGCUCGAAAGAUCCGACAACAAAGAUGUGUUUUUGUGAUAUUUUGCUUAAACAAACGUUGUAUUUUCCUCCCAAAGUGAAGUAAUCUCUGACAAUAUUUAUUAGAUCAUCUUGAAACUGUUGUUUGUUGUCAGUUUACCUGCAAACUGGAAUUUUAGUCAGCUGUAAAAAACAAGAUUUAAAGUCUCUUAAUGGAAACCUGCGUGAGUCAUAGACAUUUUAUGGAAAUGAUAAGAGUUAGAAUAAAAAAGACUUUUUACUUCUGAGGACUUUUUUUUUUUAUGUGGCUGUAGGGUUGAGUGACCAGGAAGGGUCAAAGACCGUUUGACCCACUGACAGCUUCUGUAUGGAUUUAGUUGAACAUGCUGAUUGGUUUAUCGAGUAGACCUUUGCAUCUUCUUUGAUUCUCAUCUUUGUCGUUUUCUUUCGCUUCAUCCGGGUCCGGAUCACGGGGGCAACACCUCUAACGGGAGGCAUCCAGAAGGCGUCCUAACCAGAUGCCUGAGCCACCUCAGCUGACUCCUCUCGACGUGGAGGAGCAGCGGUUCUACUCUGAGCGCCUCCCGAGUGUCCGAGCUCCUUACCCUAUCUCUAAGGCUGAGCCCGGACACCCUGAGGAGGAAACCCAUUUCAGCCGCUUGUAUCUGCGAUCUUGUUCUUUCGGUCAUUACCCAAAGUUCAUGACCAUAGGUGAGGAUCGGCACGUAGAUCGAUCGGUGAAUCGAGAACUGCCCCUACAAGAGCUGAAGGUCUACUUUGAUUCUUUUCUGUUUUUUUACAUUUCAGUUUUCGAUCAGCUCGGUGAUAUAAAGGUCAGAGCAAAUGAUCACACUGGAAAAAAAAACACCUCAUCUUUACUGUCAUUAUGUUCUCAUGAUGGCCUCAUGCUGUUGGCAGUUUGGAGGCAAUGCACCUUUAAGGUCAAUCAAUAAACUGACCUCAUGACACGCUGUAAGUGAAAAUCUAUAGUUAGUAUAACAAGGAAGAAAUACACAACAAAGUACACAACAACACAAUAAUGAAAAAGAAAAAUAGGGACAAAUGGGUGAUUAUAACAGAUAUAAAUGAAAUUAAACUAUGAAAAUUUGAACUAAAUAAAAGAACAAUAACUAAUGUGUCAGUUUUUAAAAUUUGUCAUUCAUAGAAAUUUAGCAGAGGCGUUGAUCCUUGCAGACAUCCUAAACAGUCCCCCUCUUCUUCUUCUUCUUCUUCUUCUUCUUCGAAGUUCUGAGUCACUCGUGACCCCGAAGCUCGUCUCGUGUCCUUGAAUGAACUUCUGAUGUCUGUCUGCUGGCUCUGAUAGAAAACCAAAACACUCGGUUGUACUACAGCUCUACACUUUGUCGGUUUUUACCUGACCUAUUUAUUUUUUUCAUCUUUGUGUGAUUGACGCCUGAGAGCGAUUCCUCUGAGACGACUUUGAUUGAAAGUCUGGAUUGAAGCCAGAAUCUAAUCUGCAAACCUCGCCAGAACAAUUUAAGAGAGGUAUUUAUAGAUCAGAGGGAGAAUCUCUCGUUUAUCUGUCUGACUGCUGCCCACUCUCUCUCUCUCUACUGUCCUGUCUGCUCCUCAUGUGUUUAUUUUCCGUGUUAUUAACAGUCCCAGUGAUCAGGAGCAGCGGUCUCGUACGGUAGUGUUCACCUCCGAGGCUUCAGGGCCCGGCUAAAUCUAGCUUCACAGAAAAAGACUCCGGCUUACAGGGGAGGGUCAAGUGAAAGUGUUGUGUAUCUGCGCAGCGUGAGUCUAUGUGUUCUGGAACGGUUCACACACACACGCUCAGCACACUUAACCUGGAGAGCAGCCAGAGAGUCUUUGUGCGGGUCUACUCAGCUGUGGUGAGCAGGAUCGGCCUGAAUCGGAUGUCUCUAUUACACAGACCCCAGCAAUCUGGCCUCUGGAUCAGAGUCUAUCUCUGUCUUACAUACUCCAACAAAAGCACUGACCUGUUUGCUCUGUUUGGACAAGACUCAUCAACCAUCAUUGUCCUCAGGGGAUGACCCCCACACCACAGAGGAGGAGCAAAGGAUGCUGGGACUGACUCUCACAGUCUAGGCUCAUAGCAGGUCAGAUCAGGCCUCGUCAUCCAUCAGGAAUUAACCAGAAGGAGGCUGACGACGUCUUCUGUAAAUGUCAAAAUGGGCGUUCUGUUUAAACUGCCUUAGCCUGCUGCUUACUCUGCAAACUCUUUAACGACCUUCCUCCUCCUCCUACUCCUCCACCUCCUCCACCCAGUCCUUUUUUUAACAGUAUAACAGCCUUGUAUGUGUUAUUAUGAUCGAAGCCUGCUUUGUUCUGGACCCUGGGGGUCUAUGCUGCUGCUCUCCCUGCCUCAGGCUUUGGCAUUUCUCAUAUCCAAUCAAAUCUGCUUUAUUAAUAUAUCACAUUUUAAAUACAUUCAAGUUUAUCAAAGAGCUGCACAGUAAAAUAUAAAGAGCAAACGCUGCAGAAAACAUGAGAGAGGAAUAAAUAAAAGCAUAAAAGAAAUAAAAUUGAUAAAAGGACCAUAAAAGUACAGAGAUCACACAACUCUAAUACUGAACUAAAAGCCAAGGAAUAAAAAUGAGUUGUAAGACGUGAUUUAAAGUUGGAAAGCUUGGGGGAUGUUUUAAUCUUGAUUCGUUCCACAAUUUGGGAGCCAGCUGAGAAAGCUCGGUCACCAGGGGUUUCAGGAGUUGGAGCUGAUCAGCUGACAGGGAACGUGGGGGGGUAUAAACAUUUAAGAGAUCAGAGAUGUACUGUGGUUCUGAUCUGUUUAAAGAUUUAAAAACAAAUGGUAACAUUUUAAAAUUAAUUCUAAAAUUAAAGCGAAGCCAAUGGAGGGACACCAGAAUAGGUUUACCUGUUAAAAUAUGUGGAUGUAAAAGGUUUCCCUCAGAACAAAGUCAUACUCCUGUUAUUUAACUUAAUGCAUGCAAAGAAUUGACUCCCCCUGAUUUAAACUGCAUUAAAGAGGUAUCAUGGACUCAGCUGGUAAUAAUGUUUACAACAUAAAUGAGUCAGCAGCUAGAUAACAGAAACUGUCGUUUAAGUAUCAGUAUGUACUUAAUAUUUGUUCACCCAUCAAACUGCUUUUUGAUAUCGCAAUAUUGAACUUUGUGAUCACACAUAAACAUUUUUCUCUUUUCUAUAUAAUCAACAUAAGAGAUUAUUUAUUUAUUUAUUUGUACUUUUGUUUGUUUGUUUGUUUGUCAUAGGAAAGUAAACCUUAAGUCUUUAUUAAUAGUAAUAGAAAAAAAAACUAAUGUUAAUUUUUACCUCUUUAUACAUGCAUAUAAAUCACUCCACAUUGAUGUAUCUGUCUGUAAAUAUCCAAAUACUGUGCAGCCCUAAAUUUCAGACUAUAAACAGAAUAAUCAUCAGUCACAGUAGUUACCUUAGGCAUCAACAAUAGUCCCUUAUCAGUGUAGUUUUUUCAUUCAACUGUGCGCCAACAAAAUAAAAUGAUUUAAUGUUUUUGAAACCCUUAACCUUUGAGCUCCUCACAGUAGGUCUAAAACUGCCUGUAGGGGUCAGCUAAUACUGUAAUUUUCAGGGACUGAUACCAAUACCCUUAAAUUACUACUAUCACUAAUACUAUUAAAUUAGUAAUAUUUUUUACUUUAAUAAAUUAAUUCUAUCAUCCAUCUGUGAAAUUAUUGUCCAAUAUUGAUGGGCAGCGUAUUGCCAAAUUUCCCCCUGAUAAUCAGUCGACCCCCGACUCUCCAGUCCUUCACAUGUCUGUCAGUUUAGCACCUUUAACUGCACAGCUCACCUCUUCUUCUUCUGCAUGCUGCAUAUAAAUAGUUGUAUUAUUCAGAUUCAUACGUUGGACUAAUAGAAGUCUCCUCGCCUAUAAAGAGAGGAUGGCUGAUCUUCCACUUAGCCCACCUUAAAAACGACCAGCCUGAACGCUCUGUGGUGUCCAUAAAGUUUGAUGAGUCUGGUAGACAGAUGUUCAUCUCUCCUGAGUGAAUGUAAAUGUUCUCAACAAACACUAAUUGAAACCAGGCUGACAAAAAACAACCCUAAUGAAUACAUGGAGACCCUCAGAGGGAAAAGGGGGUUUCCUGUUAGAAAUGGUGGUGCUGUUUUAUCUGUGGACUAAAGUUAUUUCUGCAUAAUUUGAUUUAAAGCCUCAAUUGACAUUUUUAAAAGAAAUGUUUUCAUGGAGAACUUUUCAGAGGAUCAGGAUGAUGGUGUUUUGUUUUAGCAGAAAGAUUCAUACGGAGUAAAGUUCAUUUUUCUGAGUUUGUCAGGAAUUCGUCUUCUUUGUUUUUGUUGAUAAUCGCCGUUUUGAACAGAAGGCGGGUCUACUGACCAGCCUGGACUCCACUGAGACCCCUCUCUGUUUGUUGAAGGAUAUCACAGCAGUUUAAAGGUCCAGACCCUGAAGAUGCUCCGGCUCAUCAUCAAACUAAGCCCCCCCCCCAUUCCUGUUCCUCCUUAUUUUGACCCCCAUCUGCUGCACACCGCUCUGUUAGCCAAAUACGACGACACUCAAGGCCUGCUGUGCACCGCCAGCUAAUCUAUAUGCUAAUGAGAAGAUAAUAAUCAAUGAGGUUCAUGCAUGGUUGGCCCCAAUCAAUACCACAUCCCAGCGCCAAAUGAUUCAAUUGGCUACAUUUCAUCCAGGCAGACGUUUGGGUGGCGUGUUAACGUGGCGGGGUGGACCAUCAGUAUGUUAUUAUCCUCUGGUUAUAUCUGCUCUGUCCCACAGAAACCAUUAAAGAGGGUCUGGGUUCGACUGUACAGCUAUGAGAGGAUCAUCAUCUAAGGCUGCGUGAUAUUGAAAAAAAUAACACUGCAGUUUUUUUCAACCCUGUGAUAUUAAAAAAUCGAGGAAUUUUCAGCAGAUGAUCUGAAUCUGACUUUCUGCUGAAAUCUUGAGGACAGUUAAUCUGCUCUGAUCUUCCCUCUUUUAGUGAAUGUUAGUAGAAUGAGACUCUGAGACUGUCUGUCUCAGAGAUAUUUUUAGUUUUUAUUGUUCUGGGACGUUAUUGUGGAAACAGAUGAACACAGAACUCGUGUUUUAGUCGACAUCAUCCUUCGUGUAACAGAAAUAAUUCCAGAUAACUGACGUUGCUUUUCUUUUUGGCACCAAGUCUUCAUCUUCGAUGGUUUUCUUUUGUUCGUUUCUCAUUUUGCAACCGGUGUUGUGCCGAGAAACGCAUGUUCGCCGAGAAUAGCAUCCACCUCGCAGAAACGCACCGCUUAUGGUAGAGUGGUCCACGGUAAUGUACAAUUUAAAACCAUAGACUGUAUCUAGAAUAGACGCGGUCUGCCUCAAGAACAGCGCCCUCUGGUGACGGGCUGCAGUAUAGGUCAUAAACCCCGCCUCCUUAUGGAGCUGUGGACAAACUUUAUAAAUGAAUGACACAGAAUAUAAAUGUUUCUCCCCCCUGGUUGUGAUGUUGACAUGUAGUCUUAGGUUGGUUCUUGAUCAUCAAACAGUGAGCGUGGUCUAGACCUGCUCUUGUUCCUUGAAAAACGUCUUGAGAUGACGACUGUUGUGAAUUGGCGCUAUAUAAAUAAAAUUUGAUUGAUUGAUUGAUUGAUUGAUUGAUUGAUUGAUUGAUUAAUAGUUACUGUCAGACUGGUUUGUGCUCAAGUCCUCUUUUUUCUGUACAGCUCCAUUUUUAAAAGUUAUUAGGGGGUUCAUGUUUUCUAUGAUUGACACCUGAUACAGCCUAUGGGAGGACAGAGAUUGAGUAGAUCACCGGGGGAUACGCUGUUUGAGCCGAGCGUCAUCACAGCGACUCUCCCGCCGAAUGCGAACAACGCUACUGUGCAAUGUUGGUUUCAGGAAAUGAAGAAAAAUCGCUCCUUUCUGAUUUUGAUUGACAGCUGGCAGUGACUACCGCGCACACGUAUAUCGCCAUGACAAUGCUCAAACGAUAUAUCGUGCAGCCCUAUCAUCAUCUUCUUGAAUUUCUGUUGUUUUGGAUUUGAUUUCCAUACCUGCUGAUGGGACGCUCUCCUGAAUCUUCAUCCUUUUUAGGUUGUGAUUUGUUUGUGUGGGAUAUAACGGCGGAGUUUUGGCAGCAUUAGUGUGAAUUACAUGAGAGAAUUGGACUUUAAGUACCUCACAUAGAGACCAAUUACAGAGUAAUGGGGAUCAUCUUCUUCUUCUUUACUCUCCUUAUCCUCAAUGACAGUCUUUUCCUCUAAAUGGACAAUGAUUACCACCUUGCUGGUUGGAUAAUGGGUUAGUCAGGACAGAAGUCACCGCUCCUCCUGUCCUUUCACUGAUGCUAUGAUUCAAAACCGGCUCUCCCAGAGGCGCAGUGGAGAAGAUGGAGAAUAAAUGAUGCUUCCUCCGGUAUGAAUGAUGAAAUGAUGUGGACCUGCAGUUUUAAAGACCUGAAUUGGAAACAGAGCCUUCAGCUUCACUCUUAAGAUAACUAAAUAUAUAUAUUAUAUUUAACUAAAUGUAUGUUGUGUUAUUUCUGAGCUGUCAUUUUAAAGGACUAGUCCAAAAAAACAACAACCUUAGUGUAGGAGGAUCCAUGCAUCUUUAAAACAUUCAGGCAGCAGGAGAGGGGGGGAGGGGAGACACGGUGUAAAAUCAUUACCAUCAUCUUCAUUAGGGAGGAUCCUGUCGGCCAAUCAGCAUGCUGCUCUGCACGGGGAUUCCAUAGGCACCCCGUUGGCUGUCGCUAGGAUACCACAUAAUCAGGAGGCAGGCCGCGGCCUGGUUGGUGGAGUGGGGUGUUGAUACUGGGACAUCGAGCUCGCUGUGAGUUGGGGGUAGACCGGAGGGGGCUGAGGGGGUUUUGGAUACGGCACAGGAACACGCUUGCACACGCUCAGUCAUCAUUCAGCCAGGCGGCCAGUCAGUCAGUCAGGAAGCAGCCAGACAAAGAGGAGCAACAUCCUGCAGAAGGAGCGCACACUCCCGGGGGAUGGGGCAUCAUACCCCUGCAUCGCGCUGGGGGCGCAGGAGGAGGUAGGAGCAUCAGGGUUUGGGGGCUUUGUCUCAGCAGCAGAGUUCCCCCUCUACACACACACACUUACACACACAUAAACACACACAUAAAAACACACAUUUCUGCCUUUUAGAGCCGUUCUCACAUAGAGAUGGAUCUGUGCAGCUGACUCGUGGUGUUUUUAAUGUGGGUCAUCAGUCUGAAGGAUGGACACUGAUGGAGGGGGGGGGUUGUCCUGCACUUCCUCUCUGUAGAGACAGCCAGUCUGUCUGACGGUCUUUUAACAGCUCUCAUCCUCAUCAUCUUCAUCAUCCUGCAGGCGAUGCAAAUCCUCAACGCUCAAAUCCUCACUAACUCUUUUUGCGGUCUUGUAACGGCAGCCUAAGAGGAUCAAUAUGUCUUCUGUUGUGAUGGUGAAAAGUGCUGAGAUCAUGUGGUUACGGCGUUGACGGGCUCUCUGUUGUUGUGAUGGUGAAAAAGUGCUGAAAUCAUGUGGUCAUGGCGGUGACGGGCUCCUCUGAUGGGCUCUCAGACACUCUGGCUUCACCGCUCAUCAUCAUCAGCAGCAGCACUCGCCAAAAACCGGGCUGAGAGCUCGGCUGUUGGUGUGGAGGAGGCAGAGGGGUUAAGGAGGACCGGAGUGUGUGUGUGUGUGUGUGUGUGGUGGGGUGGGGGGUGCUCUCUGAUGGAUGUCUGACUCCUCUACGAAGGACAGGGACUGAAGGCAUCAUUACCAGAGGGGAUUCCCUCCCCUCUCCUCCUCCUCCUCCUCCCCCUCCUCCUCUCAUGAGGAGACGAUGGGGAGCAGACUGUGGGAUGUAGGCUAAUGACUGAAGAGGGCAGACCGGCUUUGGCAGCUUCAGGGCUUUGUUUACAACCAGGAGGCAUCUCUGCUGGAUCUGGUUCAGGACCCUGUGAGAUCCAGUUUUAAUAUGGACCCGGUUCUGUUCAAAUUUCCUGUUUUAUUUCCUUUUUGGCUGAAAUUUUAGUGUCAUGGUGUUGGAGUCCAUUAGAUUAGCAUGUUUGAUAAAUAAGAAUUUACUAAAUAUUAAACAGAUAUCUGUGAAUUAGAAGGAAAACGACCCCCCUGUUUUUUUUCUCUUUCUAAUUAAAACAUUUAAAUAUCAAACUGCUUUAAAUGAAGCUUUUUAAUCACAGAAUUCUCAGUUUUUCUCUGUAAAUUUACCCAAACGUUGAUUUCUGAGCUCCCUGGGAAACAGCCGAUCAGUUUUCUGGUUAUUAAAAAUUCAUGGAUGAAGAGGGAAGGAGACAAAUGUUCAGGAAAGUCUGGUGUUGUCCUGGAAACUUCUGGACAGACUUUCUCAGUUUAAUAUCAGAGUUAAUCCAGAGCAGGAGACGCUGCCGUCACAUUAGAGAUGGUUUCAGACUCUGGCUGAUGUUUAUGGAAGGUAGAAGUGAGAAAAGGCCGGACGCUGUAAACACGCCAACAUCACACAGAAACACCUGCAGGCUUUACUUCACUGAAGAUAACAUCUGAAGUGAUCUGGAAUUAAAACUAGAGCAGAAAUAUGUGAACCUUUAUAAAUAUACAACAGUAGUUCGUAGGGCUGUCCCAAUAAUGUUUUUUCACCUCCGAUAUGAUACCGAUAUUGCAGCCUUAAAUAUCGGCCAAUACCGAUAUCGAUCCGAUAUCAGCACUCCACGGGUGAUCUACUUUCAUGACUUAUUUUGUAGUGUGGAAUUUUAGAGAAGGCUGCAUCAAGUGAUUUUACACAGAGAACAAUAGUCAGCGACAGUAGUUUGGGAAAACUGACCCAAAACAACUAGAAGAAUAAAUAGAAAUAAAUUAGGAGGCUUUGAAUAAAAGAUAAUAGAAUGUAAACAAACUAAACGAAUAACUCUGAUAACAAGAGCAGAAAACAGUCAGUCAACUAAACUCCUGACUAAAGAAUAACGAGGAAGAGGAGGAAAUCGAUGAAGAACUGCAGCAUGGAGACGGCAGCAUCACUUCUUCUUCUUCUUCUCUAAUAACUUCCAUCACACCCUCUUCUCCUCUGAUUCGUUUAAAGCCCUCCACUCGCUCUCUCGACCUUCAAACCUCCCCUCCCUCUAACACACACACCUCUAACCUCAAGGCGAGAAAUUCCAUCCUCCCCGUUUUGGCCUCUCUUUUCAGCUCUGUUACAUCAGCUGUCAUGCUGUUUGAAGCCACACACACACACACACACACACACACACACACACACACACACACACACACACACACUAAUCCCCCCCCACCACCACUAACAUCUGAAGUUCCUGAUUAAGCUUUGCUCUUUUCCUUUUCCUCGACAACACUUCCUCAUGAAUUUAGUUUUCUUGGCCAUCUUCUUUCUCUCAGCGUAUAAAAGAUCCUCCUCUCCUCCCUUCCUCCUCUCCUCUCAUCCUCUCCUCUCAUCCUCCUCUCCUCUCAUCCUCCCCUCCUCCUCUCCUCUCCUCUCCUCUCCUCCUCCUCCUUCUCAGUUUCAUCUGAACCUCCUCCGUCUGUGUUAAUGGAGAGCAGGAGCUCCAGGGGACGGAGGUUUUAAAGAGGUUUUUAUUGGAGGAGCCUAAAUCAUGAACAUGGAGGAGCCUCCACCUUCAUGAUCACGGUGAACAGUAUAGAAAUAUAUCAUGUAGAAGUCUGUGAUAUUGGUUCUCUAUAAAACUUACAUAAGGAGGAUUUUAUGAGGAAGGAUACGGAGCCUGUAAACGUGUUUCUUUAUCGAUAUUUAGGAGGUUUUAUUCAACUUUGUGCUGUUUGAGGAAUUGAAAGGAUAUUAAGAGCAGACGUCCUUGUUAGAUUCGGUCGAAUAUGUGUUUGUUUGUUUGUUUAUGUGAGACGUUCCAGUGUGUAGGAUGUUAUUUAGGGAGUGUACUAACGUUAGUCAGCCUCCUGUCUUUUCUUCGUUUUCAGUGGGUUUAUAAUCUUCCUGAAAAGCUGUUUUGUGUUCGUCUCUUAUUCACUUUGUUCUUCCAUCCCUCAGUUUUUUUCAGACAGUGAUAAACAGUUUUUUUUUGUAUUUGGUCUCAGAGAGAAAGAUUUUGGAUCAUUCUUCUUCUGCAUUUAAAAUAUUUCUGCUUUGAAGUUUUGCAUUAAAACAAGAAGAUUUAAAACGUUCGUUUCUCAGUUUUAGAGGCUCGUGUCCCACAGCAAAUUCAUGUGAAGCAGAACUUUAUUGAGCUAAAGUAUGAAAGUGUGAAUUUGACUGAAUUUCUGUUUUUGUUUCUGUAACUGCGGUUACUCUGUAUGAAGCCGUCAGACGACUGACUAUAUAUAUAAAAAAAAAAGGUUUCAAAAUAGGAUAAAAUCAAUCGACUUUAAUAAACCUUUUAAUAAAUUGGUGAUACACUUCUAUGACAUACAUCAGCAAUAACAACCACUGUCUAUUUUCUAUAAACAGUUUUUUUUUUCUUAGUCUUUGUUUAAAAAUAAUUAUUUACUAUUCAGUUAAAAAAUCUGUCAGCUGAUGGAUCCACUGAGUUUUAAGAAAUUACAGUAAAGGUGUAAAAACUUCAGGGAAAAUUUUUAUUUAAUUAUCCACAAAAGAACAUUUCAGUGAGAAGACUCUACCACUGAGGUGCAGUUCUCAUGAUCCUCUAAAUAUUCACUGAUUUAAAUAAUUAAACUGAGUCUAAGUUCUGUUUACAUCCACCUCCUGCUCUGUAACUGUCUGAUCUUUAGACAGUAUUUAUCAGAUUCAAAGACACCCAAACAACAACAACUGUGGUAAAACACUCUGUUUGAUCGUCUGUCAAAGUCUGAGUCAUGUUGAUGUUGACCUGAAGGCAGAAACUGUCUCCACUUCACUUUUUAAAAGCAGCAGAACAAGAGGGUUCAUUUCUGUGAACAUGAACCUUUUAACAGUCCAGUCGAUGCUUUCACAGGAGGGGAGAGUACUUUCAGAGAUCUGAACACCAUCAGAGCGUGUCAGGGUCUGCAGGUUAUCAGAGAGAGGAGCAGAGAGCGAGAAGAGAUCAUCUUUAACAUCCAUCUCAGAAGGAAGUCUUCUGAAGAUAAAGACAGAGGUCUGAAAAUAAGUCAGGAUGACCCGCCCAGGUCUGACCGGUGUGUGUGUGUGUGGUGGUUACACUUUGAAUAUAUGUGUGUGUGCUGUUUUCUCAUUUGACUCUGCAGGCGUGGGUUCAGCUGUUUCUCUGCUUUCUCAGAGUCCUGGUCUUUCCUCAGUUUUGGGUUCAAAGAGGAGAAACAGUUUGGAGGAGGGAUUCUCAUGCACUCUUCCUCUUUUCCCUCCUCAGGCACAGGAGAGCCAUUCAGAAGAGCCGGGGGUCAAAGGUGAGAAGAGCAGAGGGCACCAUGGAGAGUGAGCCGGGGGCCCCUGCAGGGACCACCACCACCACCAACCCCACCACCGCCUCCACCUCCUCCUCUUCUCCUCCGAGCACCACAGCUGCAAGCAGUAGUACUACCUCCAACACUACUUCUACUACUACCACUACUACUUCUACCACUUCUGCAGCUGGCAGUAACAGCAGCAGUAUUAGUAGUAGUGGUAACACUAGCAGUAGUUCCAGUAGUACUACUACAGCAGGCAGACAGGCAGCAGUGCCUCAGAUCUCCGUUUACAGCGGGAUACCUGACCGACAGACAGUCCAGGUGGGUUUAGUUUUCACUUCUGAGCUGCUCCUGAAUCUAUACCACAUUAUUCUCUCUAAACAAGUAACUAAACGCCUCGUUUAUUUACUUUUAAUGAAGAAAUCAUGUAAUAUGAUAAUAAUAAAUAAAAUGUAUUGUUAUUAAAGGACAUAAUUUUCUCAUUCAAAGUAAAUAAACGAGGUAUUUAUCCUUCAUUACGAUACAGAAAUGAGACAAAGUCAAAUCAUUUCUGAGGAAGGGUCCAAGUUGAAGGAAUGCUUUCUGUGUUUAGUGCUCUUGACCUUUGACCCCAGCGUUAAGUCUCCACACAGGCUUACCCUCACCCUCAAUGAGGUCCCUGACACUUGAGCGCUGAAGCUUUGACAGCGGGGUUUUUGGUCCUUUUCUUGUUCUCGGCCCGCUGACAGUUAAAAGGCAAACUCUGUUAUUACCGAGACAAGCAGAGAGGUGGAUCUACAGACCCUUUUCAGAAAAUUAGAAUAUCAGUUUUUAUUUGUUUUCAUAAUUCAACUCAAAAAGUCAAACUUCCAUUGAUUAUAGAUUCAGGGCCCACACCUUGAACGAUUUCAAGUAUUUAUUUGUUAAUUUUUACAUAAUUUGGGCUUCCAGCUCAUAAACCCCACAGAAACAGGACUUUAAAAAAUUAGAAUUAGAAUUAAAAUUAGAAAUUAGAAUACUGUGAAGAAACCUGCCCAAAUUUUGCAGGGCAUGAAUGUAGGGCUGAAACGAUUCCUCGAUUACCUCGAUUACAAAUAAGAUCUCGUUUCUAAGCUCAUAUCGUCACAGUUUCGCACUGAUUCUUUUAAAGGUGACACAACAUGCUUCUGUCACCACGGUAGAAGGCGGAGUUAGCACCGUUUAGGUUUUAGGGAGCGGAAAAAAUAAACAAUGAGAGGGGCUUUUCUUACAGUGUUGCCAACCUGGCGACUUCGAGCGACUUUUACAGCAGCCACUAGUAACUUUCCUCACUGAGGAGUCGGCAACAUUGUUUUCUUCUGCAGAGCUCCAGUCGCUCAUUAGCGAUUCACCUCUGAGUCGUGGGCGGAGUCAGCGCUGCUCUGCACACUCCUCCUCACUGUAGCUUGUAGCUUUACAUUGCUGGUUUCGUAGCAGAAGCAGGUAACAUGGAAGCUAUUCAGCUCUCGGACACUAACGUCUUUAAGGACAUGAUGAAAGUUAAUAUCAUAAUUAACUUUCUUACGAACAUUGCAGUCUGCUAACACACACGCUUGUUCCUCGAUUGUCCUCUUUUUCUCCGAGUCUGGCCUUCACUGUGGGGCUGUAGGAGAUCUAACUUUAUGUGAGUCUGCCGUUUGGGUCAGUUACUCGAGUAAUCGAUAGAAUAUUCAGUAGAAUACUCGAUUACUGAAAUAUUCGAUAGCUGCAGCUCUACAUGAAUGUUUUAAACUGAGCGUCACACGAAUCAUCUACUAAACUUAAAGCACCUGCACAGGUUUCUCCAGGUGUCUUUAAAUUACUUCAGUUUGGUUCAAUGUGGAGAAGACUGCUGUCCUUAAAACUGGUCAGAAGACCAUCACUGAUCCCCUCCUCAGAACGGGUCAGCCUCAAAGGUUCAUAGCUGAGGAGGCUGACUGUUCACAGACUGCUGUGUUCAAACAUAUUCAUGGAAAGUUUAGAGGAAGGGAAAAAUGUGAGAGGAGAAGAUGCAGCAGCAGAAGAGAUGAUCGUGGGCGAGUCGAGGAUCUAUCAGAGAUCCAGAAAGAGUGGAAUGAGGGGGGAGUCAUAGCUUCAACAAAACCACCACAUUCAUCCGGGAGACGGACUACAACUGUCGGGUUCAUCAGGUCAAACCACUUCAGACCCUGAGCCAACGUAGGAAACGUCUCAACUGGGCCAAGGAGAAGAAGAGCUGGACUGUUGGUCAGCGGUUCAAGGUCCUCUUCUCUGAUGGAAGUUAAGUUUGGGAAUCAAGGUCCAAGGGUUUGGAGGAAGACGGAUGAGGAACAGAACCAAAGCUGCUUAAGGUCCAGUGUGAAAUAUCCACAGUCAGUCAUGAUUUGGGGUGAGGGCUGUCUGGGCUCCCCUCCUGAAGCUGCUGCCCCACGACCCGGACCCGCAUAAGCGUAAGAAAACGAUGACGACGAUGUUUUAAAUGGAGUAAAUAUUAAAUUCAGAUGAGACCUCCUGGUCCUGAGUGAUUUAUAGACUUUAGAGAGAAGAUAAGAAGACCUCUGAGACUUCCUGUGUUCAUGGUUAUAUUCAUGAGCUGAUGUGAAAAGGAAAUGGACAAAGAUUGAGAAGAUGAUAACCAGGACAAAGACGUAAACAGCUGUUUUUAUUCUGGGGAUGGAUAUUUGAAGGGCGGUGAGUGACAGUACGGUCUGAGCCAAGAUGAGUGUUUGUGUUUGGAGUCGGUGAUUCCAACGACUAUCGAAGACACGUCAUCAUAUCGACUUCCUGUGGUUAUUCUGGUUUGUUGAAGGGGUUCCUGUCAGAUCAGGGUUUCCUUUGAGACAUCUGUUUAUGAAGAGGUCGAGGUUAAUCUGUGGCUUUAAUUCUCUGUUUUUGUUUUUACCCAAAUAUGAAAAUAGAUUCCAUCUCCUCUGGUGCGUGCUUCAGUUCACCCGCUCUGCCGCCUCUGUCUGUGUUUGCAGGUGUUUCAGCAGGCGUUACACAGACAGCCCAACACAGCAGCACAGUACCUGCAGCAGAUGUACGCGGCCCAGCAGCAGCAUCUGAUGUUACAAACUGCAGCCCUGCAGCAGCAGCACAGCCUCAGCAACGCUCAGCUGCAGAGCCUGGUCAGCAGACGGUCAUCUGUGUGAAAAUCAUUCUCAGAGUGUGAAGAUAAAACCGAGAGGAAACACUAAACUUCUCUCUCUCUCUCUCGCCCGCCCGUCUGUCCUGUUUCAGGCCAGUAUCGCAGCUGGAAGGCAAAGCUCCUCUCAGAACGGCACUUCAUCUCAGCAGACAGGAUCGACUCAGGCUACGGUCAGUGCAGUUUUUGACCUCUGUUUUUAAGUGACCCUCAGGUUUACGUUUCCUUUGUUUUUGAGAUUAUCAUCCAACUGAGAUUAUCGAAGCACCAAGACGACUCUGAGGAACCGAGGAGUCUGCUCUCUGCUGCUUCUUCAAUACGUCACACUCAGUUUGGAGUGAUGGUAUGACAGAGAUCUUCCUCCUCCUCCUCAUCCUCCUGUUGACGCUCUCUCUCCGCAGAUCAACCUGACCACGUCUCCAGCAGCAGCUCAGCUGAUCAGCCGAGCUCAGAGUAUCAGUUCCACCCCCACCAGUAUUUCCCAGCAGGCCGUUCUGCUGGGCAGCCCGUCCAGCUCCACGCUCACAGCCAGCCAGGCACAGAUGUACCUGCGUGCACAGAUGGUGAGACUGCACACACACACACACACACACACACACACACACACACACACACACACACACACACACACACACAGAGCACAGCCACCGGCACGUUUACAUGAGUGUGCAUAUUUGCAUACACACACACAUAAAUCAGUGCGCUGUGUUGUGUUGUGUUUUUUUCUCUGAACACUAAUUGUGUGUUUUCAGAUUAGUGCACGUACAGUGUGCACAUGCUCCCUCUCUCUCUCUCCGCCUGCGGUGACUGGUGUUCUCUGUUAGAGAGGAGCUGAUCAGGAUAAUCUGUUUCACCCUGCAGGGCUCACACACACACACACACACACACACACACACACACACACACACACACACACACACACACACACACACACACACACUUGAAUUCCUUGAAUGUUCAUGAAUUCUCAGAAAACGUUUCCUGGAGGUCGGAGUUUUGAUUCUGCAGCUCUGGGUCCAGUUCUUGAUAAAAACACUCACAGAGUCUUGGUGGAGUUAUUUUAGUCCAGGCGGUUGUUGGUUAACUUGUCAGUUUUUAUCUCCGUUCAGACGGACAGCUGGCACACACACACACACACACACACUGACUGUUCUUCCCACCUCAUUAUGACCAAGUACAAAGCUUUUUCAGAUUCGUGUCAUUCUCCUGACAGACUGGAAAACCACAUCUGUCAGUUCAGAUUGUCAUGGCGCUUAAAACUGGUGUUCCCUCCUGGCAACAAAUCAGUGCAUGUACUGAGUAAUGAAGGUGGAGUGUGAGGAACUGGAGCAGGACAGACCUGGAGUAGACAUGGUGUCUGUUUGAACCUGGAGAAGAGAAGAUGAACCCUUUACACCUCUGGGUUUCUGCAGUAGAACAAAACAGCUGAUCCAGUAUCAUAUAUGGAUUUGUGAUUUUGAGGGAAUGGAGUAGACCCACAAUUUCCAUCGAAUACAGCUACAAAAAGGGUGUAUCCGCUGAUCGCAGCUGAUCGUAACCAAAACUCAUUGUCUGGAUGGACCCAGAUGUUGCUUCUAAACCUUGAGAUAUUGUCUAAAACUGAGGAUGCAGCAUCUAUGAUUUCCAGUUCUAAGUCGAAACAUCCCUAGUAAGUCCAGCUUUGCUUUCCAAAAGAGUGUCACCCCAAAUUUCCCCCUUCAUCCUGAACAUCUACUAAAAGGUCAUAUCCUCCGAUCGUAGCUGAUCAUAACCAAGUUAACGUGUCAAUUUCCACCGGCUGCUUUGCGAGUGAGCGCACUGUAACGGCGGGUCGGGGACAGGUCACAGGGGCUGCACCUGCAGUGAGACUCAACAAAAACAUCCAUGGCACAUGUAGAGAGAGGUGGAGGGAUGUUCGGUCUGGACUCCAACGAACUUUAGAUGCUCCGUUUGGAAAUUCUUCUGAAUUUGGGGAGACACAGUAGAAUAAAGAAGUGCUGAGCAGAGCUACUUGGCCUUCAUGACUUCUGCUGUUUCGCCUACAGGAGGGACGAUCAGGGGAACAUUUCCAUCAAGAAUAUGACUGCCAGGUUUUACUGAAUAUUCCUGUUUCCUCACACUGUACCUUAAAACUGAGGAUACCAUCGAGUACCAAGAUCCAAGACCAAGAUCAAACAAGGAUAAAGUACCAUAAAAUAAAAAGAGAUAAUUCCUCAUUUUAUUCUUGUUAAAAUAAGAAAAAAAGGAAAAUGAGAAAACAUGAUGUGAGAUUAAAAUAAAGAUGUGAGAUAGAAACACGGGUGAGUAAGUGUUUCAGAUGGAUCAUGUUCCCUUUGUCUGUGUGUGUGUGUGUGUGUGUGUGUGUGUGGUGUUCUCUCCAGGCCCAGCAGAGUAACCUGGUCCAGGUGGCCCGGAGUCUGGGUCGGGCGGUUCCUCUUUCUCCACAACUCAUUUUCACUCCAACGGCCACAGUGACAGCUGUCCAAUCAGAGAGCUCCACGCAGGCCUCAUCACAGGUGAGUGCACGGCGACAUCUUUUCACCACUAAAGGUGAACACCCAUUCUAGAGAGCAUAUAUCUACAAUCUGAGAUAAGUUUAGAGUAAGAUCAUGGAGACUUAAACUACAUCAGAGAAUAUUAGAGACAUCUUAAACUCACCCUGAUCAGGUAUUGAUUAAAGGAUUUAUAGGUUUUCUGAGGAAAUUAUCCUUAAAAUAAAAAGAAAAUAAUCAUGUCUUUAUUUAUAAUGUGAUUAACUGGUCCAUGGAUCAGUUUGGAUUAUAAUCUCUCCUCAUUCUGUCCUUUUUAAAGAAUCAGGUCCAGAAUCUGGCCAUCCGUGGCCAGCAGGGGGCGACCACCGCCUCCUCUCAGACUCAGACCCUGCAGGCUCUGAGUCUGAAGCAGAGUCCUGUCCCCAUUCAGCCCGCAUCACUGGUCAAGAACCCGAGCCAGGGCGCACAGGCCUCUACAGGAGGGAAGAGCGGCUCCUCAGACUCCUCAUCUGAGGGGGCGAAGAAGGGGGACGCCGCAGCGGUCCCCGAAGUGCGAGCCAUCAACAUGAGCCGCAACGUCACGGCUGUCAGCGCUCAGCCUCUGAUCGCUCCAGGUAAGCGGAGCCUGAACAGUCUGGAUCAGUGCCGAAAUGUUAAACAUGAAACCGAUCCAAAGAAGCACAGAGACGAGCGAUCUCAGACAGAAGCUGUAAAAUAGAUCAAAAGUAAAAAGAUGAGUUUACUUCCACAAACCUGCCUUCUCCAGUGUGAGCGUUUUAAUAUUUUUAAUAUUCUUAUUGAACAUGAAGCGUCACAUUUUUAUCAAACAGUGCAUUUUUCUUUUCAUUAACACUCAAACAAACACAAAGUCCAACAUAAUCACAGCACAGUCCUGCAUUAACAAGUCGAGUAUCAGACUGUUGAAACCUUACACACACACAUACAUACAUACAUACAUACAUACACACACACACAUACAUACAUACAUAUCACACACAAUGAUAGAAGCAAUACAGAUGACAGAGUCUCCUCAGUCCAUUAACCAUCUUGUCCUGGUUUCAUCCAGAAUAAACUUCAUAUCCUUGUCCCCCCACACUAUCAAAAAAAGGAGUCCAUACAGGAUAGAACUGUCCAACUGUCCCUCUGGACCAAUAUGUCAAAUAUUCCAUAGGAACUAAAUCAAAUAGGACCUUAUGCCAGUCAGAAACAGUUGGUGGUUUAUGUGAAAUCCAUUUCAAUCGUUCACUUUUACAUGCAGCAUAUGUGAACACGCUAAACAGUAUAUUAAGCUUUGUGAUAAUUUUGAUCCAAAAGUCUUAAAUAUGAAAACAUGAACAUAUUGAAUGUCUAAAACUGCCAACCUCCUUUUUGACAUUUGAUACAAACAGACUUUUCAGGGUCCAUUCAGCUCAGAAGUCCAGAGCAGCUGGGAUUAGACUGGUUUACGUCUGACAGUCCACACUGGUUAGACUGGUCUGUGUGUUUAAUGUAAACACUAACGUAAACACUGAAGCCUCUGCGCUCCAUGGGGGGUUUAUUUUAUUUUUGGGGGCCAAAUUAAAGUCCUCCCAGUGUCAGCUCGCUCUUUAGUCGAUAAGAGAUGUCUGUUUUAAUCCUUGACACAGACACAGGGCUUCAGGCAGCUGUCACACACACACACACACACACACACACACACACACACACACACACACACACACACACACACACACACACACACACACAGUAGGAAUGUGAUCUGUGUGUUUUUUCAGUAAGAUAAGAAAAGAAAAGAGUUAACACCGAACCCUCCUAAUAGCUUUGUGUGAGUUUGGCGUGUCAGGGCCUGCAUCAUAAACCCAUUCAGUCAGUGAAGGGGUGAAACCAGCCGUGUAACAGUCAGUCAGUCAGACAGUCAGUCAGUCAGACAGUCAGACAGACAGACACACAGACAGACACACAGACGGCGUGUUGGUCCGUGUCUGGAACACGCGAGCUGUGAAAGUCUCGCUGCCACGCUCGAGUCCUCCUGAACCACUUGAUUGUGUCGUUGAAAGUCAGCAGCUGUUUCCUCUUCCUCUUUAGACUGAGUGGUUGUGAAGAUGCCAGCAGAACCAGCUGAUUAGAUCCAAUUAGGCCCAGUUUGAGGAGGAGGAGGAGCAUUAACAUAUCCUUCUCCUCACACUGUGCUUAACUGUUUAUUUUCAGAUAUAUACGUGUGUGUGUGUGUGUGUGUGUGUGUGUGUGUGUGUGUGUGUGUGUGUGUGUGUGUGUGUGUGUUUGUGUGUGUGUGUCUGGUAAAAGGGGGGGGAUUAUUUGAGCGUGUCGGUGCACAACUGUGUCUUGCUUUGUUGUUGUAAUGGAUUCACAUAAAAUGAAAGGGAGGAUAGAAGCUGAAAAUCUGGCUGCAUGCUGUCUGAGGAACAAAAAAUUUACAUUGGUUGCCAUAGCAGCAGGCCAUUAGGGACAGGUGUGCACAUGAGAUGCUGUGGAGUUAAAACACUGUGAAUGGAGGAGGAGGAGGAGGAGGAGGAGGAGGCGAGGCUGCCUGAUGGGAUUCAGAUCGGGUUAAAAGCCGGGGUUGAACCUGGCGGUGCUGGUGGAUCAAUUUACACUUUGAUUUUCUAACAAAUUUUGAGGGAGAACUUUUAAAAAGGAUGUUAAUCAUCCUGUUAUUUUAAUAUCAGGAACAAACCGGUUAUUUCCUCUCAGAAAACCACAGAUAAUCGCUGAUGGUUGACCGAGGGUGUUCCUGCUUUAUUCUUUAUUUUACAACCUUCGCUCGAACUACAGCUAAAAUGAAAGUGCCCUGUGUGUGAUCACUGUGUUGUUUAAAUGGUAGAAAAUUACCACCCCUUUAUUAUCAGUAAUAAAUACUGAUUAACAUGGAGAAGCAGCACUUAACCACUACAUGACAUUUCUUUUGCACUGACAGCCUGUCCUCUGCUCACACUUAGUGGUUUAAUGUAGGGCUGGGCGAUAAGGGAAAAAGUUUAUCACUGUACAUUUUACUCAUAUCCAUCGAUAUCGAUCAAUAUCAGGAUAUAAAAAUGAAAUCUAACAGUGUUUAUUGGUCUCAUGUCUUUUCCAACACAAUAAUCUCCUGCAUCUGUGAGGUCUUUGUGUCUGUUUGACGUUUUGUCGUAAGGCGUCGCUCUAGAGAAAGCCGACUGAAUGGUCGUCUGUUUCGGCUCCUCGCUCCUCUCGGGGUUUGUAACCUUUUGCGUUGCGCGUGCUCUGCGGCGUGGCGCUGCUUCAGGUGGUGAAAAAGAUUUGAGGUAUUCCCCGACUUUGUGAGAACAUGUACUCGACAUAAUUUACAGUCCACAUUACUCUGCUUCAUGUCCGACCUCCAAAAACCAAAAUACCUCCACACCACCGACGUGACAAAACAUGUCAGAAUGACGACUAUCCAAAAGCAUAUUGACCAUGUUUUAUAUUGAUAUUGAGGGAAAUUAAUUUUUUUAUAUAUAUGUUGUUAUUGUUCUAUCGCUCAGCCCUAGUUUAAUGCUAACCGUAGUCCAUGUUAUCCACAUAAACAGUCUAGAUAAUGAAAGAUCCUCUCACUCACAAGUCUCACUUCCUGGUUUCCUCGCCUCUAAUUUUAAUGUCUGAUAAGAUAAAUAUCUGAACGUCUAAAAGAAUAUUUAUACCUUUAAAAGUACACGGACAAAUAAAGAGCAAAUAUUAACUCGUGGAUCAGUUUGAUGUUGGGGGGAAAAUGUCACGAUGUGUAUCAGAUUAUUUCAGACCUGAUGGUGGAUCAUCCCUCUGUUACUGCGGACAUUACAGACACUUUAAAAAUCAUUUUACCGGGAACAAAUAUGAGACCGUCUGUUUUUUCACAGAGAGCGUUUGUCAUCGCCUCCUCUUGGCAGGAAAGAGCCCGGACCUCACUUUAAAAACCUCAGCAGGGAACCCCCAAAAGUGGAUUUAAUGAGCAGAUCUGAACAUGAAGUCUGUUUUUUUAUUCUAUAUUUAGCCGCAGACUAAAGUAUCAACUGCCAAAUCCAAACGACUGUGAACACAGAGAAGCUUGGAGAGGAAAGAAACUGUCAUAAAAACACAGAUUUUCACUUUAUGCAGAAAUAUUAAGCUUGAUGAUAAUUUACCUAAAUGUAUUUUCCUGUCUGUUAAAGUCCGACUUUAAAACGGCUGCUGAACUCUUUAUAUGACUGAGUGUAACAGCUGAUAUAUGAAGGUGAAACUAAUCAGUCUAAAGUGGAUUUAUUCACUCGGUCUCUGAGUUUGUUUGGAAGUGGGUUUGUAAGAGAUAAGUGUGUUAGCUAACGGGGAUUCUGGUCGGCUCGUCUCUUUGGUUAAGAAACUACAAUCAGGGUUAGCUCGAGAACUCAGACCCAACCACAAACCUCAGUGUAAGAGGAAAAGCAGGACUCAGAAUGCUGAAAGAGAAAACGGAGAAACUUCUGCACUAACUGGAAAGAUCCACGUUACCUGGUCCUUCAGGUGUGUCAUCUGUGAGUUUGUACUAAUGAGUCAAGAAUGAUUGUGACUCUGUAAUAUCAGCACUUAUCUGAAUCAGAGGAUACUAGCAGCUUACAUGUGGCUGCAGGUCGGAUCACUCAUCAUCUAAAGAGCUCUGUGGUCAUGAACGAAAUUUAAAGAGAUUAAAAUCAGAAAACCAAAAAAGCUGAAUGGAAGAAUUCUGCUCUCACUGUUUUUGUGAUUACGUAACAGACAUCUAGUGUUUAGAUAUCAUCCACCUACUACUGAUGAGUGCCUCAUAUAUCCUCACUUUAAAAAAAACACCCACUACUCCUUUAAGGAGCUUGUUUUUGGUUUGCUGCUGUUGUUUUAAUUUGGAAUGUGUUUUGUGAACAUCAGCCAAAGCAGCAGCAGCCUGUAAGAAUGUGGAAACUCUGGGAUUUUCCAGAACUUUCUGCUAUAAACUCAUCAGGAACGUAUACUGUCAUCCGUCUCGGGACACUGCACACCAACACACAGAUAGUACAAGAACUGAACACUAAUGUACAGCUUCUAUAGAGUGGAGGCCAUCUCUGAAGAUUGUGUGACUGCAUGUGUUUACACAUGUGUGGGGGUGUGAGGGCCUGACUCAUUCCAGUCCUUAAUCCCGAGACCUUGAGGGGGAAUAGUAUUUCGAUGAAUUCCCUUGUCUUCUUUUUCUUCCAAGACUUCUCUCUGUUCCUCAUUAGAGGCUUGAGAAAGUUGUCAGGAUUCAGGGUGAGGGCCGGUCCUAUCCGGUGUCCUCUGAGUCAGAAAUCCCCCUCCUUCAGUCAGACCGGGUCUGGGAAUCUCUUACUGAGACUUUAUGAUUGAGCCUGAUUUUUUAAGAGCUACUGUUUGAACAAGAAACAAAUCUAUCCCUGUAUUUAUAACGGUUAAAAAUCUGUAUUAAAGGAGACUUUGGUUUGAUUACUGUUCAUCUGUUUAAGAGCAGCUUCAGUGAGUUUGUGUUGAAUUGUAGUUUUAAUGUCAGUUCGACCUGAAUUUGCUUCAAAGUCACGUUUGUGCACUCAGUAAACUCAUCAGAGGAACUUUUUUAUAUAUUUGUAAUCGUCAUAAUCACUUCAUUUCUAUAUCAUAUUUAAAAACAAGGAUUUAAUUUAUCUGUCAUUUAAAAGAAGGGUUAGUAAAAGUGCUUUGACAGAUAAGAACACCAUGUAAACACAAAACAGACCCAAACAACACCAUCUAAAAACUAUAAUAACACAAACAUCAUAAGAACUCACACGACACAAGGUCAACAGUUUGGAUUUCCUCUCCAGAACCACAUUUGAAGCUCGGGUCACUUAGUGGACCAGACGGGGUAGAAAUGGAACAGAGUAUUUAUGAGGAUGUAUAAAUCAGUGUGUGAUCCCUUAGUUAUUAGAAAAUAAGUCUUUGGUUCAACUUAACUUAGACUGAGCACUUGAUAACUAAAUCCAAAAAAGUGUCUCCCUCUCCAUCUUGCAUUGCAGUUAUUGUAAGGCAGCACAAAACAAACACACCGAGUUAGACACCCCCCCUCCAGAGAUGAAUGUUGUCGACCGCUUUCUUCUCUAGUUAUACCAACUUUAGUAACGACCGCAGGAUAGUAAUACAGAGAGCCACGCCCUCAACCAAAACGCCACUCUAUAGCCACAGAUAAUGCUCAGAACAGCACCUAACUUCAUCAACAGGACAUAUAGGGUCACAGACAUAGUACUAGCUGCCAACAUUAGCCGGAAUAUCCCUUUAACAGCCAAACCUGUUUUUGUACUCUGUGAGUGGUCGUCCAAAAAACUCUGAUUGGAGAGAAUGAAGAAGACAGAACGAGAUUUUGAUGGUAGAAACUAGAUGAAUGUCCAACCAGUCCUUUAAACAACAGUCCGGGAGCCCGAAAUGUUUCUGCCUCACUUUUGGGGAUCUAAAUCACGUCGUCCAUGUUUUUAUACAGUCUAUGAACCAGUCCAGCCGACCAUCUUUGAAAAUCUGAGAAAAAACUUUGAACAGUUCUCAAAGAUGGACUGAAACAGGACAAACAGAGUCUGGAUCAGCACACUUUGGUUCUUCUGGGUUCUUCCAGUUUGUCGUUGUCAUUCGUUCACUCUGUCUGCUGUGUCUUUAUAGUUUAUUCUAAUCUGUGGUUACAGAUACAGGUUCCUCUGGUGGUGCCAUUGUGCAGUAUUGUGUUGUUGUAAAAAAUAAUCAAUAGAUCACCAUCACAUUUGGAUCACAGAUUUAUAUUCCCUUCAGGAUGAAUUUAAGAGAUGACUAAACGUUUUCCCAUUUACCACCAUUACCAGCUUGAAUUUUUAAUUUGUCUAACAUUAAAAAUAAUGACUCAGCACCCAGCUCUGUUAUUUUGUCAAGACUAUUUAUCAUCGAUCCAAAACCUGUUUCUGAUCUUGUUUUUUUAUACAAACUCUAAGACCAAGACUAAAGAUUUACUUUCCAAACAGUUUGAGUAAUGAUAUUAUUACUGUCGGCAUUUUCACCAGUUCGUGGUCAAAAAGAAAAAGUCCUGUGAAAGUAUACUUUGAGAUUUCUGCACCUAAAGCGUCUCCUCAUGUUUUGUUUUUCGCCACCUUGAGGCGUCGCCACUGAACCGAUGGAUGUUAUUAUCCCCUGAAGUGUCAGUUAAAAUUGCUUUUCGAGCGUGACCAAUUUUACUGCCUAACAUCUUAUCCUAUUAUUAUGCUGCCGGCCAUCUCCACCCAUCCACGUCUGACAUCCGCCCUCCUCUGAACAUCGUUAAUGUGAAAUGAACUCCCUCCGCACCAUAGCUUAUCAAAUUUUGUCUCGCCACGUGGAAAAGAAAAGAGUUUUGAAGCAGCUCCUGUAGCAUGAAAGGAGCUAAUGACAUGCAAACCCCGCUGCUGGAUAGAAACAUGUAUAUAUAUAUUCCACAGCAGGGUACAGACUGCGGUUAGUGCCUCACAGGGAAACUUUGAAACCAGAUGGAGCCUAUCCCACACAAAACAUCAUGAAAAGAAGAGGGGGCGGAUGAGGAAGGUGGGGGCGAGGGGGAUGUGAGACAAAUGCGGAUGUACUUGGCUGCCUGCCAUACUCAGAGAUAGGGGGGGGGGGGGUUAUUACUACCAGCAAACACACCUCCAUGUUCACACAGCUCAGAGUACAGCGGUGCAGGAGUGAGUCUUUUAUGGUUUCAGUUUAAAGACUGAGUCAAUUAGCUGUUAUUGUUUCCUGGCAGAGCUGGUCGACAUCAGAGGGGCUCAGACCCGCUGACUCAACACCCACUCCAAGAAAACCGUCACGGACAGUCGGCUCCGCGUGUCGGCUCCUGAGGCGGCUCUAAUAUUAGCCCGGCCCCGGGCUCCUUCCUCUGAACACUCACACAUGCUUCCACAAUACAAGAUUGAUGUGCUGUGUCUCGGGCUUCAGGGCAGGUUAUGAGCUCAGGAUGUCUUUUUAGCCGCAGCAGCAGCAGCAGCAGCGGCCCUGACAGGUGGAGACAGGCCGCUCUGAAAACAGUUUGUGAGUAAUGGCCGGACCAGAGCGACAACGGCUUCUCAACAAGCCCUUAAUAUUACAUCCUGUCAACAAGGCGUGCUCAGGAGGAGAGACGGCCAUAAAACAAGCUCCUUUAUUUAAUCACAGACAUGCAUCAGACAUCUGAAACAGAGUUAUGGUGAAGAUGUCGGACAAGCCGCAGAAACUUCUAAAUGGCCUUUUUAAAAGUCAGCUGAGGAAACUUUGGAAGUUCAUCACAUUCAAUAUGUGAUGUGUAAUUAAUUCAACAAUUCUUAGUCUUCAGUUUUAAUUGAUUACUGGACUCUAACUGAGAUACGUGAGGGCAACGUAUUUAUCAGCGGAAGACAAGUUUAUUUGUGUAGCACCGUUCAUACACGACAAUUCAAAGAGCUUUAAAGAUGCGAGGAAAGAAUAAAGAAUUAAAACGAUUUAAAAUCAAAAAAACGAUUUAAAAUCAAAAAGACAAACAGAAAUGUUUUUGUCUGGUCGGUGUUUGCUCUGAUUAUUUAGUUUCCCAGAGAAACGAAAUAAGUCACAAAAGGAAAAUUAGAUAAGAUAUGAUAUAAAUUAAAACAUGAUAAACUUUAUGGUGAACUGGUCAAAGUUGUCUUUAAUUCAGGUGCUGUAGUUUCAUACCUGCCUCCACAGUACAACUCCGGAAAGAAACCGUACGAGUAGUUUAAUGUUGUUGUUGUUAUACUACGUUUCCUUAACCAUCAGCUAGUUUACAUUUAUUCAGAUUUAGACUUUUUAUAUGACGCAGCUGUGGUUGGCAUGAAGUUAUCACGACUUCUCUGAUGAUUGGUUUUUAGAUUUCUCUUUAUUUUGUUUCUUUGGAGUCAAACAGAAUUGAGACGGCAGAGCUCACAGACAUCGUUCUGUCUCUGUUCGGCUGAAACAUCAUGACGGUUCUUUGCCGUGUUCUUGAACAUAUCUGUCUGUAUCAUUAAUCCGGUUCUGAAUGGAUCCAAACACAGUUAAGCUGCAACAUUAUGACCACUUAGGGAUGAAGUGAAUAACAUCAGUAACCUCUUUACUGUUGCUGUUAUGUACAUAUAUUUAUAACUGUUAUGAGGUGGGAUAUAUCAGACAGCAGGUGAACACUAUGUUUUAUAAGUUAAAGUGGUAGAAGUCUGAAAACUGGACCAGAGUGAAGGAGAAGUCGGUGCUGGUUCUGACAGACAGGUCACAGAAAAGCACUCAGUUUGGACUGUAUGAUGUUACAGAACCACAGAGUGACUGUUGUGGUCCUGAACUGAGAACAUGAGGAAGCUCAUUAUAAAGGUAAAGGUGUUUCAGAUGAUUGUCUGUUUUAGCUGGAAGAUUGUCAAAGGUAAUUAUUAACUCUCCAAGUGUGCAGCAUAGACGACAUGCAGGACUCUAAAUCAUCAAAAUCAAAAUUAUACCUUAAAUGAUUUAAGAAAACGAGCGUUAAACACUGAUCUGUAACCGUCUUCUUUCAAAAUAAAAGCUGAAAUAAAAUACUUUAGAGUCUUUUAUUUUGAGGCUCGUUGUCGUUGUCAGUAGUCGCUGAAUUUAAAACACAACAGAAGUCUCCGUGGUUUUUGAGCGGAGCAGUUAUCUGAAUUCAUCAUGUCUGUCGUUGUCGUUCCAGCGUACACGCAGAUUCAGCCUCACUCCCUGGUCCAGCAGCACAAGCAGCAGCAGCAGCAGUUUGUGGUCCAUCAGAGUCCAGCCUCCCAGAGGGCCGCGGGGCAGCUGCUGCAGACGGCCUCCAUUCAACCCUCUCAGCACCCCGUCCCUGUGCUGCCCAAACCCGCUCCAAACCAGCCCUCCACACCCAGCCAGCAGGCCACCAUUUUCCACUCCACAAUCAGCCCCCACGCGCUCCACUCCUCCCUCAAUCACGCCAAAGCUCAGCCCGUACAGCUUACCGCCAUCAACCUGCAAAUACAGCCGACGGUGAGUGCCAUCGAACACGCAACAACAAAACACACACGACCAAACAGCUGAUUCAGAGACAAAUAUAGUGGUGACAGGGGGGUCGAACUGGGGCGGCUGAAGUCAAAGUCAAAACGGGUCAACCUGUUUUAUUUAAGACGGUCCUGAACCAAGUCCUUCAGGAGAACUGAGCAUGCCCAGAAACAGUCAGGUGGAUCCCCUGCCUCAGAAUUGAACGAUGUUUUUACCUCGAUGCUGCUGAGAUCUACAAAUUAGUGCAUUUGACUGUUUUACUGUUACAUUAAAGUUUGAGUUUAACAAAGAAGUUCAGCUCUGAUACUGAUCUAUCCUUCUUAAAUCUAUAUUUAGUCUAAUGUGAGGGUCCAGAGAGGGUCAAAAAUGCCCGAUGUUCUUGUCACAGUCUUUCCCUGACAGCAGUUUGAACCUUCAGCAGGUUAAAAAAAAAACAGUUUGUUUGUGUAAAAGCAGGUAAUGAACCGCCUGUUUUAUCACGUCGGCGACGGUGUUUACUUUCAGUUUUGACAAACUGAAUCAUGUUUGGACAGGUAUCGUCGUUUUUACCUGGAGGGCCUCAGAAAGCUGCUGGGAGAAAACAUGUGUUUGUGUUUCAAAUGCAAAUCACAUUCAUUCACGCACACUGGAGAUCCCCGGACUUUUCUCCCCGAGCUUUCAGGAACGUCACUUUCGUAGUUUGGAGUGAAACGUCUCGACCACAAAUUCAGGCUCGUCUCGAGGAUGAGGUUUUAUAAGCUCGGUGAUCCCCUGACUGUCUCUUGUGCCUGAAAACUUUAUGAAAUUCCCAUCAGCCUCGGCACCUUGUGUUCAGUGGUGCUAAAGUGGGAUUGAGUAGAUGGACACGAGUGAUCUGUGACCCGGAGGUUCAUCCUCUGUCCUCAGUUUGUUCCCAAAUGGGACACGUCUUCCCCUCUUGUGUCACACACUGAUUUUUUUUUUGUUUUUCACAAACUUUUUCUUUUUGGUGGAAACAAGAAAAAUAAAACCUGCUGUUCCACCAAAAACACCCACUGAAUUAAUUCCCACUGACACACGAUAAAAAAAAACAAAAAAAAACAGGAAUCCUCUGAGUUUGCGAUUCUCGGUGUCAUGUUUUCCCUCUGGUGUGAUAUUUUCCGAGCCUGAUGGUUUUCAGUUUUUCAGUCACUGACGUUUACAGUUCUCGAUCUGUUCUCUCAACACUGUUUCUAAAAUGUCCCCCCCCUACACACACACACACACACUCACACACACACACUCACACACACUCUCACACACUUUUCGUUCCUCAUGGCAGGCCUCAAGAAUGGUCCAAGACUGUAAAGAUAAGCCGACAUCACUGGUGGUCAGAGAGACGUGUCAGACCCCGGCCGCUCCGCAGCAACAACAACAACAACAACAACAACAACAACAACAACAACACAACAGCAACAGCAACAACCUGCAACUUCACCGUCACUGCCCAGCAAACCUGUGGAGCAGCAGAAGGUCGAUCCUGGAGCUCCUGCUGUUCAGCCACAAGGUAACGACGCAGCAGCACGGUUUUCCUAUCUAUGUUCUUACUUUCUAUACACGUCUGAAGAAACACUCACCUGAAAAAAUCGUCUAAAACUUUUACUGUCACUCGUAAAAUAAGACGUUAAAUCCGCUCUGUCUGACUCACGCCGUCUCCAUCAGGGGAGGAGAAAUCGAUGCUAAUGUGAGGAGGUUGUUGUAAUUCAGAGCGUGUUGUGUUUGCAGCAGCAGCAGGUUUAGUCUCACUCCUCUUUGUCUCCUAAUUGCUUUAUUGUUGUCGUCUGUGUUUCCCUGCACUCUGGCCAAAAAGUUCACCUGAUACCCGCACCUCUAACACUAAAACACACAAUCGUACGAGAGCCCCAAACAUCAGCGCAAAACUACUCCAAACAGAGGGAUGAAUUAGGGAGUGGCUGCUGGAAUAUGACCUGACACUUGAUGGGCUUUUAUUUUUUAAUGUUUGUUUUUUUUGUAAUAGUAUAUUUGAGACUUUUUGUCCAACAUCCACAGAAAGGUUUAAUGUAACCUGAAACAACACCAGAGAAAAACUCUGGUCUUAUAGUUUUAGCAUGACAGGAAGUGAACAUGUUUCAUUUAUUUUAUCAUAUGAGGGUUGCAAACUAGUAAACCAAACAAAAAUCUAUGUGUUAAAAAAAGAUCCAUCGUCAUUAUUCCAGAAGAAAAAUGAGGAUAUGAUUUUUGUCUUUUUUUUAAAUGAACUUUACAUUCAAAGUCCCUGAAAUCAUAAUAAUGAGACUCGAGUUUUUGAGAUCUAAUUGUUUCAUCAGCUGACAAAAACCACAUCCUUUAAAUUUACUACAGCAGGUUCAGGCUGUCAGUCAGUCUCUGUCAGUCCACCUUUUUUUCUGACAGUUUUCAGAUUUGGGAAACCUUUCAUCAUUUUAUUUAACUCGACUGAAAAUAGAUCCCAGGAAAAAGACCCUCGGUGAACCCACAUGGACCACUUACUCUAAAAAGGCUCAGUGCCUCAUCGUUCUGUUUCUGCAACAUCUGCACACUUCACAAAUCAAUGUUGGCUACAUCGCUGGCUCACCGCCAUGAUGUUAGCAGUGGCCGCCGUUGCCAAGUGUUCGCUGAUUGGUUUAUGAGGUUUGAAGGAAAGUUUGCAACAGAGCAGAACCAAAGUUGGACUCUUAUGAGAGCAGAAUGGAUAUCAAUGUUUUACUGUAUCCCUGUGAACUUUAUAGAGGAUUUCUACCAACAUUACUCUCACACCGGACACUUCUCCUUGAAUGGACUGAGUGAUUAAUGAAGUCCCCCCCCUCAGUAGAACAAACAACGGAAUGAGAGUAAAACAGAAAAAUGUGUGCUUGAGUUGGAGGUAAUUAAAGUGACAUUCCGGCGUUAAGUUAAUUUAUAGCCAAAAACACCGUAACACUGAGUUAGACCCCCCCCUCCAGAGAUGAAUGUUGUCGACCGCUUUCUUCUCUAGUUAUACCAACUUUAGUAACGACCGCAGGAUAGAAAUACAGAGAGGUCUGAGGAGACAUAAACAAACCUCAACCAAAACGCCGCUCUAUAGCGGAGACCUCAGGCCAGUCCAUUACAGACUACAGCGGGGUGCCGCAGCUCAAGGAAGAACAUUUAUGACUCUGUUGACUGUUCUCUCUCUCUCAACAUACAGAAGUGAAAAAGGUUAACACUGGUGCUGAUUGACGUGUGUUCGCUGACGCGUGCAUGGGUGCUCUUAAAACAAAUGUCCAAAAUGGGAAAACUGUGUUAAAAAAUGGUAUUUAUUACAUCAAAUCCAAAUGAAAUCAAUACUGUUUUCCACCACGCCACCCACGCCACGGUCAAAGAAAAAUGUCCUCUUCCCCGGUCAGCGACACCUUUCUUUGUUUUCCUCCCUACAUGUAACUGUGAGCUCCCCUGGUGUGACCUUCCCUCACAACAAAAGUUACCAAAAUAAACAAUAAAACAACUAAAACAAGUAAACAUCAAAACAAAUACUUCAUCUGGCUCUGACAAAAAUCAUUUCUUUAUCAUUUCCUUGAAGUAAUAAUCUCCAUAUUAAUCAUUUUUACUGCAGACAUGGUCGUUCUUCUGCCUUAGCGUCUCGGUCUGUUGAAUUGAAUUUUAGGGGUAAAUAAAGUUCUUCUUCUCUUUUAUGAAAACAGUUGUGUUGUGUUUUGACGGAGUGCUGCAGGCUCGUUGGUUUGACUGAAUUUCUGCUGACUCAGGUUGAGUUGCUUUGCGGCGUCCUAAGUGUGUAAUAAUAAGAUCGCUCUGACUCGGGGUUGAAUCUGUGCUGCUGGUCUAUUCUCUCUCUUUUAGAGGUCUUAUGUGUGUCUUUGCAGCCGUCAGGCUGAACACUGGCUGUCACUCAGAGUGUGCUGUCUGUCUGUCUGUCUGUCAGUGGAUCUGACUCCUGUCUGUCCUCUUCUCAUGGAAACAUCCUUUAUUCUUUAAAUGAAGCUCAACUGGACCGGUGCCGUUAGUUGAUGUUCAGGAUACUCACAGUUGUUAGUUGACAUCUUGACUUCUUGGUUUGAGAAAAUCUUUCCUCCAUUAGGAAACGUCUGAGACAUGCUUGUUUAAUUAACGGUGAUGACAGCGACUUGGAAAAAACAGUGUUUGUAAAUUCUGUUGUGUUUUUACCAGCUCCUCUUUGAUUGGUCGUAUAUUAAUAACACUUUUUAAUUAGGCUGAAAGGGGUUAACGCAGUUCUCUGACGAGUGUUUGGACUCUGAGGCACUAAAUGAUUUUGGUUUUAUUUUAUAAAUGUUGACAUGGAUCCGUUUCCAUGGUGAUUUCUCCGUCAUGGUUGGAAAUAGUUCUAAUGUUGUGUUUCUUGUAAAACGAAACGGUCUGUAAACCACAGAUUGGCGUUCGUGGACAGUGUGUUGUUGGGUGUGAUGUGGAGUAGAGGUGAACCGCUCAGCAGGAAAAUAUUUCUGUCAUCCAAAGACUACAGGAGCUGAUGAGGGUCCAGAUACUUUAGGAACAUUAAACAUUAAAGAAAGAGGUUUAAGAGGGAAAGACGAGUCUUAGUGUCACAUGUUGGUUUUUUUAUGCUCAGAGUUACCAGAUACAAAGAUAACGUGAGCGGAGUUUAUGAAGCAGAAACAGAGGUGGUUUGCACAUUAAUCGCACAUUGAUAAUAGCUCGCUGCGUGCAGACAGACUGCAGCCUACAAGUAUAAUAAAGACAUUUUGGCCGUUUCCUGUGGGUGUUUGAUUUUAGCAUUUGCUUGUUCUUAGACUGACUUCAGAAAACAACAGAAAACAGCAAACCCGUCAGCGCGUUGACCUGCUACGUAUCAUGAGAGUCAGUAAAAGACAUUAGCAAGAGGCUCAUAGGAAGUGCAUUGAUGAUUAAAACACUUUUACUGCUCCGUAGCUACUGUGUUUUUUUUUUUUUUUGGAUGAUUGAAAAGUUUCGUGUUUUUUUGACAUCCUGUCUUCAUGGGUCGAGGUUUUGUUUACUGCCUAGCAACACUAUUGAGUCCCCCAAGUAAGUCCAGCUGUCCAGCUACGAUCGGCGGCAGCUCCGGAUGCGUUGUAAAUUGGGGGUAAAGCAGAAGAUCAAUUGUUUUAACUACAUUUAAACGUACUGUGUGUCCUCUAAGUUGCUCACUUUUUUAAGGUAGGAAAAGACACUUUGCUUCACUUUGCUCAAACAUUCCUCCUUUGAAGGGUGUUAAAGGGGGCACCCGGACCCCAGCCCUGGAAUGUCUUGUUCCGGCCCUGCUGCUGAAAACCGCUGUCGUGGAAGUUUUUCCCUUCCGUUGCUGCUGGUGAAUAAUGAAAUAGAGACUUCUGCCGGCCGACAAGGUUUUAUUUUCUUUGCAAAGAAAAGGUCGAUCUGGAUCCGAGCGGGUGGAUCAGGAAAGACCCCGAAUCUAGGGGAAUACAGAAUAUUUAUACUUUUAGGACCGCCUCCCAGAGGGCAAGGAAUGGGGCUUAGGUGUUGGCACCUUUUGUUGUCUGUGGGGACUGUUACUUCACCCCCCUGGGGUGGUGGUGACACCUGAAGCAUCCUGCAGGAUGUUGUCUGUUGAUGUCUAGACAUGCUGAUUAACUGAUAUGUUGAUUGGAAAGUCUGUUGUGAGGGGCACUUCAAGCAAUUCUUAAUAGAGACAUUAAAAUUACAAUUACACCGCGCUCUGCUGUUUUCUCAUCUUAGCGAUCCGGCCUCACUUCUCUCUGCAGCAGGUUCAAGUCUUCGGUGUGUAAAUAGAAGUUAGUUUCGAUUCAGAGCCUUGGCUCGUGUGAACAUGCAGCUGCAGGCUGGUGUGUGGGAGUGCAGAGGGGGGCGGACCCUCGGUGAAAAAGCUCUCUGCAGCUUUAAGAAGCCGAGCUCAGUGUGGAGCAGCAGCUUCAGCAGCAGGUCCUCCUGUGAUCGUGGGUGUCUGUGUCUGUCUGUGGGAUUAAUUCAGCGAGGAAAACGAGCAUGUUUUCUGUGUGAACACGGAGAGAGUCGACGCGGUAAGAGACUUUUUCAUCACGGAGGGUUUGAGGAGGAUAAAGACUCUGUGGAUCUGAGUGAAAGUGGACUUUUCUGUGAUGAGGGAAGUAAACACAGGAGGGAUUUACGGUUUGUUAUUGACAGUCAGUGUGUCAGUAGGUCACUAUAAAUGUAAGUCUAUCAUUAAACUGAGUCAGUCUGUAAAAUAUGAGGAUUUAACUCCGUACUGACUUUACAUUUAAAGCUGUAAUGUGAUAUUUCUGAUGUAAAAAUACAACUAAAUAAGCAUGCAGAGCUGAGUACCUGACAGGUGAGGGUUACAAUCUGUCAUAAUAUAUAAUCAAGAAAACAAUGUUGAAUUAUCAUAAACAAGAAUUUAAUUAAAAGCUGCUUCCAGUGUGUUUUACAGUUACGACACCUUUAUAAUAUUAAAUAUAAAGAAACAGUCUGUAAUUGACUUCUGUGUUUUCUCGCUGUUACUUAUGUAACUGUCUACACCACUGCUGUGUUUCUUACUCAAAGUAGUUAUUGAUUUCUUUAUUGAUUCUUUAUAGCUGUCAUUUAUUUUUUGUAUAAUCUACAAAACCAGAAAAACACCAAUAACUGAUCAAUGAUCCUUUAGUGUAAACCGUUACGUUCUGUAAUUAAAACAGCUAAAAAAAGACUUUAUAGUCAUUUGACCAUCACAUUAGAAAGUGUGGGAUUAAACUGGAUCGCAUUAUUUUAGAUUAUUAUUCUUUAAGUUUAUUUUUAGGCUUCAGUGCGUUUAUUCAGAGAGGACAGGACGAUCGAGAGAGAGAGAGAGAGAGGUGCUGCAGGUUUGACUCGAACCUCGGCUCCACGCCUCACAGACUAAAGCCUCAGGACAUUUAACCGCCGGGCGAAACCGUCGCCUCAUAUGUAGAUAUUUUUAAACUAAAUAUUGAUCAGUUGAAAUGUAACUAAUCUGUGAGUGAUCGUUGUUUUGACGGCUUUAAAGAGACGUCAUUACUUUGAGGAUAACUCAAGAUAACUUAAAGGUGCAGUCUCCUUUUUUAGAGGAACUGACUCGGGAAAAUUAAACACAAGAUUCUAACUUUUAGUUCAGCUGGAAGAAAAAAAAAACUGAGUCGAAGUUGAAGAAGUUGACUAAUAGAUAUGACUGUUCCUGUCUCUAUAAACUGGACCUUUAACACUUGAUUAAACCUGCUAACUUUUUACACUAAUAGACAAGUUAUUGGAAUCAAUUUAAAGCGUUUGAAUAAUAAAAACAUUUUUUAAUCUUUUUAAAGUUAAUCAAAUAGAAGGAGGAGUUGUUAGCAUAAAAACAAAGAUAUUUAAUGCAAAAAUAAAGACUUUUAAUGAUGAAAAUGUAAAUAAGGGGUGACGGCAUCGUUGUCUGAAUAUCUUUAAUACAAAAUGAGCUUCUUGAUGUCCAGUUGAACAAUUCUCUUCAUCCUCAGACUCACAGAAAACUCAUGACGACAAAAUCAAAACAGAUAUCUGUGUUUUCACUCAGACUGAUCCAGCCCUCCUGUACAUGAACUCAGCCGUGUUGUAUUCACUGUUUUGUCAGGAGGGGGCUCAGCCAAAAGGCCAAGCGCUGCACCUGGGACCCCGCCUCCAGCCAUGACCUCGGGGAACGAGAGCGAGGCGCCCACCGUGACGGGCAGCACGCCGCAGAACGGAGAGAACAAACCGCCCCAGGCCAUCGUCAAGCCGCAGGUCCUCACCCACGUCAUCGAAGGCUUCGUCAUCCAGGAGGGAGCCGAGCCGUUCCCCGUGUGUGUAAGUUCCCCACUAUCUGAGAGAGACGACAAACGACACGGCGCUCUCUCUCCUGUGAACACGCCUGCAGGGAGCUGUCAGCAGGAAAACACAGAGAGCUCCUGUUACUACAAGCUGAGACGGCGUGCAGCUCCUGUUUGAUUCAGUCAUUAAUUAGAGCGAGGAAGAGUGUGGAGCUGGAGGAGGAGGAGGAGGAGGAGGAGGAGGAGGAGGACACGUGGAUGAAGGUGUGAGAGGAAGGAGAGGCACAGACACACAGACUUAACCCUGAACUCUGUCAUCACCUCUAAACUUGAGGAUCUCUUCACUCACAUGUUGAUCUGUGCUCCUUUGGUCAUGUCUGUAAAAUGACUUUAAUUUGACAAACCUUUAAUCGUGACGACAAAGAUCAGACACGCUUGUUUGUUGGUAUUUUAGGUGUGUAAUCGCUGCCUCCUACUGGACACUCGGUGCAAAUGCACAGCAUGCUCUGUUAUAAUGAGUGGAAGUCUGUUAUCGACUAUUUCCUUUAUCAUUGUCAGUUUUUCAGAUUAUUAUCAAUUUAAGUGUUUUUUUUUUUUGUGGCAGCAGCUUUUUAAAACAUUUAAGAAUUUUAAUAACACCAAACAGAGAGAGAGAGAGGACGUCUUUACAUUUUAAAGGAAGUGAAGUUUUGCUUCUUUAAAUGACAAAAGUUUAACAUCCUGUCCCUCUCACGUUUUUUAUUUUAUUUCACCUCUUUGUUUGUUUUUAUAUCCUACUGAGAGCUUUUUUGUUUUCCUCAGUUUUCAUUAAAUCCUCCUCUUUCUUUUUUAAACCAGGUGGAGCGUCUGCCCAUCCUCAUCGACAGUCCGAAGAAGCUCGAUCAUCAGCUCUCCUCAGACCCCGACAAAACGCCGGUCAGCAACGCAGCGAACAGCGACUCGGAGCCGGAGGACAUGAACCAGCCGGGUGAGACUGAAAACAUCAGUUUGAUAAAGACCCUGUGACGACGCGCUCUUAGUGGGAAACUUGUUAUCAUAUAUUAUAAUGAUUGUGGUGUUGUAAGUCAUAAAAACCUCAUUUUGGUCGUUUCAGAGCUCCUUGAUUGAUAAGCAGACCCUCAGACUAAAGACGAGACCCGAUCUGAAGUUCAGAACCACACUGGACAGAACUUUAGCUAACCUCUGGAGACCACUAACAUUAACAUUCAUCCUGUUCAUCCUUUACAUUCACACUGAUGCUCAACAAUUAUAGAUACAACAGAGUUAACUGAUUAACAUCUGAACCCGGUCUGAGACUCUGAAAUCCUGAGGGCCGUUUUGAGAAGGGCCCCCAGAUCCUGAGGUUUACAUAAAAGCUGAUAUCUGGGCCUCUGUAGCAGGUAGAAACAAAAUUCACAAAGUAUUUGAGAGCUCAGACAUGUCGCUUUCAAGAGAACUCUCUUUUAUUUUUCUGAACCUUCAUCAGAUUAUUGAAAACCUUGAACAAACAAACUCAAAUGAAAUAAAGCGUCUGAAUAAAUGAAAGUAAAGGCUCCUCACUGGAGAAUAACAAACUGUUUACUUUCAGUAAAACAUGAUAAAGUGUCCGUCUGUACAAAUGUAAAUAUAAAGAAUAAAGUGUUAAAGGGUAAACAGCUGCCCCGGUAUAGAGCCAGAAAGUUUAAGUGUUUAUAACCUGAUGUGUUUGUGGAGUGAUCGUCUGUCUGUCGUCUGGAUAUCUAACCUUUGGGUUUGUUUGUGUUCGUCCACACAGAGAAAGAACCAGAACCAAAGCUGACGUGUGAAUACUGCGGCUGGGUCGACUUCGCCUACACCUUCAAAGGGUCCAAAAGGUUCUGCUCCAUGGUUUGUGCGAAAAGGUAAGAGGCCUUCAGAGGAACACUUCCUCUUUAAGAAUGAUGAGACGUCAGAAAAACCCGAUCUCUGACGGGGGUCCUCUCUCUGACAGGUACAACGUGGGCUGUACCAAGAGGAUCGGUCUGUUCCACCCGGAGAAGAGUAAAACCACCAACCGCUGGAGGAGGAGACCUCAGGGCCGGCCCAGUCUGGAGGCCAAGAAGCAGGUACACACACACACACACACACACACACUCAUUAAAACUUCCUCAUCGACGCUCUCCCUCAAUCAGAUUCUGCUUCUGCUGCACAUUUAUUCGCGCACUUUUUCACGCCCGGUGCGUUUUAAUGAAGUCUGGCGCGGUUUGUGUGCGCGGACGAUUGUCUCCCUCUGUCUUUGAAAGGGUCAUUAAACGCUCGAUGAUCUCUGUCGACGUUUAUGGGUGACCAGCAGGAACGGAGGAGCAUUAGUAGAGAUUUUCUGCCUCCUGCUCGACUUAUAGAGACAUCAAAAACUGCGGGAUCAGAUUAUUUUACUGAUCCAUCAGCAGACGUGGACUCAGGACCUCUGCUGAUUGUUGCUGCUGAGACUUUGGAGAGUGUAAGAACGCAGGGGAGUUUCAAAUGAAUGUCACAUGAGUUAAAGAAAAGAAAAGAUAUCAAUAAUCUGUAGAUUUGGCUCCUCUGAUGACCAUCUCAGGAGCAGGUCACACUGCUGUUAGUCUGUCUCUCUAGAUCCAAACAGAACCAGAACCCAGUGUUGUAGUUCUCGAGAUCAGUCUUGGUCUUGGUCUCGAUUUUUUGAGGGUCUUGGUGUCGUCUCGGAAUCGAAGGCAUUUCCACUCGGUCUUGUCUCGGUCUCAGUCCUCUCUGGUCUCGGUUGAUGCGGUCUUGACUACAACACUUCCAGAACCUGUAAGUCUUACCCCGAAUUUCCACUGUGCUCGGAACGGCUCCAAUCCCGAACGGUGGCGAUUUCCGCCGUCCGCCAAUUCCUACCAGAUCCGUUUGUGAGGCGAAUUUCGUGUCAAAUUACAGACAGCAGGAAUCAUGAGAACUCACAAGAACCUGCAGAUUCACGUUCAAUCACACGAUAACGAGUUGUCUCUCUAAAGACAGACACAUAGACAUAUAAGCAGUAGAUUGUGUCCUUCCAGAGGAGGAAAUCUACUUCUAGACUUCUAGAAUCAGCAUCUCCUCAUCCAUGGUGUCAUCAGGGUGAAAUGACGUCUAAAAACCUUUCACUUGUUCGUCUCCGCCCGUUUGCAUGGUGUGAAAUACGAUCCUCCUGAAACACGGAGUGUUUUAUUGAUCUCAGUUAAAAUCAAAAUAAUCAGGAAAUAAAGACAGAUUUGUUUUUUCUUUACUCUCUCUCUCUCUCUCUCUCUCUCUCUCUCUCUCUCUCUUUCUCGAUUUCGUGUCAGUCGACCACCGUUACUCUCUUCCUUAUCCUUUAGGUAUGGCAGUAGAUCUGUAGAUUUCAAAAGAGUUUAACAUUUACAUAAAAACAAGAGAAAUUUGAUUUUUUUUUAAUGAUGUUGUUCAGAAAAGUCUGAAAGUGUCUCUUCAUGCAGAGAUCAUCUUUUAAACUGAUUCACAUGUUUGAAAGGCGGUCAGGGGUUCGACAGCAGGGAUACUAACGUGUUCAGGUUCCUCAUGUUGUCAAAACUAAGCAGAUAAAACUCUAAAUCACUAAAUUAGGAGGUUUCUUAGACGACUUGAGGAGAUUUAUGGAGGCACAUUUGUCUUUAGAUCUUCGUCUAUAAAAACCGAGGUGAGGGUGUGAAGGUUCUGAUCCGGUCUGAUCUGGUUUUUAGAGUUUCUUUCUGGUCCUUAAAGGAGGAGAAUCUCGGCUGAAUCUGUUUUCUGUUUUACUCCAAAAGUGUCGAGUCAUGGUUUUGCCUGGAGGGUCUGAUCCUGAGCCUCCAGUGGGGGGUGCUUUAGCUUCAUGUUGGGCUCAGGUGGUGGGUUUGAUAAUCUGGGGGGUUCAGUACCUGACAAAGUUUGGAUCCAAUAAUCCCUGCAGGUGUGUGAUGUUGUUCAGAAUAAAUCUGAUUUAUUUCCUCUUUAAUCGGCGCCGCUCCGAACGUUUCCUGAUUCUCCUGAUGACCCGUUUCUUUCCUAAAACGCUCUGAUCUGGUUUUCGUCCUCAGAAGCUGUCCCCGUCCCCGCAGCAGACCCAGGCCGGAUCCGUGUCCUCGCCUCACCUCUCUCAGCCCAGCCAGGAGGAGUCCAGCCCGUGUUCGGACAUGUCCAGCUACGAGGAGCCGCCGUCCCCCCUGUCUGCAGCCAGCUCAGGACCACCGGCUCCCGCUCCGGUCCCUGCUCAGGUCCCGGUCCACCGGCACCCCAGCAGAGCCUCGGACCAGGAGGUUCUGAGUGGGAGAGACGAGCCUUCACCCUGUCAGCGCUUCGUACCCAACGACCCCGCCAGGUGGAACGUGGAGGACGUCUACGAGUUCAUCCGCUCGCUGCCAGGUCAGUGAAGUGAACCGAUUAUUAUCUAAAAACCAGAACCAGGAGGUGAGGGAUCAGGGAUCGACGAGUCCACCAGUCUGUGUUUUCAUCCUAGACUGCAGUUUGUUCUCCUCAGAUUCAAUCAGUCAGUCUGUUUCCAUAACAACCGAGAAAACCGAAUUAUCGCCUUAUUCCGAUUAAGACCGGACAACUGAAGUUCACGUAAACACUUUAGACGGACUAUAAUCCGAGUUUGAGGACUCUGAUCGGAGUCUUUGUGAUUCAUCCUCUUCUUUCUUUUUUAUAGAUCUAUCAAAUUAGUCACAGCUACAUUUAUCUUCAAAAACAGCAGGAGGGAGGGAGGGAGGGAGGGAGGGAGGGAGAGAGAGAGGAGAGAGAGAGAGAGAGGGAGAGAGAGAGAGAGAGAGAGAGAGAGAGAGAGAGAGAGAGAGAGAGAGAGAGAGAGAGAGAGAGGGAGAGAGAGAGAGAGAGAGAGAGGGAGAGAGAGAGAGGGAGGGGGAGAGAGGGAGGGAGAGAGAGAGAGAGAGAGAGAGAGAGGGAGAAAGAGAGAGCGAGAGAGAGAGAUGGAGGGAGGGAGAGAGAGGGAUGGAGGGAGGGAGAGGGAGGGAGGGAGAGAUAGAGAGAGAGGGAGAGAGAGAGAGAGGGAGAGAGAGAGAGAGAGGGAGAGAGAGAGAGAGAGAGAGAGAGAGAGAGAGAGAGAGAGAGAGAGAGAGAGAGAGAGGGAGAGAGAGGGAGGGGGAGAGAGGGAGGGAGAGAGAGAGAGAGAGAGAGGGAGAGAGAGAGAGGAACAAACAGAAACAGCAGCAGAUAACACAGACUGGUGUCUCCUGUGCCGAUGAUUAAAAAAGUGAUUUAUGUGUAAUUAUUAUUAUUAUAGUUAGGAGAGGAAGGAGAGGAAAGAGAGGAGAGGAGAUGAGAGGAGAGGAGAGGAGAGGAAAGAGAUGAGAUGAGAGGAGAGGAAAGAGAGGAGAGGAGAUCUCCUGCAGUCAUCAGUGAAGCUCCUCCUAACCUCAGUCCUCAGUCUGUUAAACUUCCUUCUCCUGAUCCUGAUCAGUCUGUCCUCCUUCUCAGUUAUAAACACACUUGAAUAAUUGGAAGUUCUGUGUCAGUCAGUCUCUUAUAAGACAACACAACCAUCACACAACCAUCACACAACCUUCACACGACCACAUCCAUUCAGACAGGAACACAUCCGUUCUUCAGUGAGUUCAGCACAGGUGUGGGAUGUUACCUGUUGUCAAUUUCUGGCAUCAGAAAAAAAAGAUGAGCUGAGAGAACAUCUGCGCUCUGAGUCCUGUCGUCUCCGCGACUAACUGCUGCGUCUUCUUCUUCUUCUUCUGCUGUUUUUUUUUUUUGUUGGGGGGGGGGGGGGGGCAGGCUGUCAGGAGAUCGCGGAGGAGUUUCGCUCUCAGGAGAUUGACGGACAGGCUCUGCUGCUGCUGAAGGAGGACCACCUCAUGAGCACCAUGAACAUUAAACUGGGACCUGCGCUCAAAAUCUUCGCACGGAUCAACAUGCUCAAAGACUCCUAG